UCCAACAGAAGAAGAAGAAACAGCAUCUUGGGGUGGGUUGCUCACGCUCAGCCAAGAUUCUUACAUUACUUACUGUAGCAUCUGGCAAUGAUCAGGGCCAACCAGGGUAGACACAGCUAGGAGGAUGUAUCUUUCUCAGACUGACCUAGCGCCCGUCAACACACGGCUACUCCAGAUCCUCUCUGCUUGAGGGGGAUGCAAGAAUGUUUUUGGGACAGAGCUGUUUUGUAUAUACAUUUUACUUCUUCUCUCUCGCUCUUCUUCUUUCCUAAUUUACCCCUAUAUUUCCGUCUCUCUCUCUCUCUCUCUCUCAGUUUGACAUAUGGUUGGAGUGAGUAGCGUAGAGCCGUAGCAGAGAUGAGUCUCACAUCAUGGUUCCUGGUAAACAGCGGGGGCACUCGUCACCGUCUGCCCCGGGAGAUGAUCUUCGUCGGCCGAGACGACUGCGAACUCAUGCUGCAGGUGAGCAUGGCUCCAAUUUAUACAACACAAUAUGAUACAACACAACAUGAUACAACACAAUAUGAUACAACACAACAUGAUACAACACAACAUGAUACAACACAACAUGAUACAACACAACAUGAUACAACACAAAACAACAUGAUACAACACAACAUGAUACAACACAACACGAUACAACAUAACACGAUACAACAUGAUACAACAAGAUACAACACAACACAACCUGUUACAACACAACAUGAUACAACACAACAUGAUACAACACGAUACAACAUAACACAACCUGUUACAACACAACAUGAUACAACACAACAUGAUUCAACACGAUACAACAUAACACAACAUGAUACAACACAACACGAUACAACACAACACGAUACAACAUGAUACAACAAGAUACAACACAACACAACCUGUUACAACACAACAUGAUACAACACAACAUGAUACAACACAACACAACAUGAUACAACACAACACAACAAGAUACAACACAACACAACAUGAUACAACACAACAUGAUACAACACAACACGAUACAACACAACAUGAUACAACACAACAUGAUACAACACAACAUGAUACAACACAACAUGAUACAACACAACACAACAUGAUACAACACAACAUGAUACAACACAACACAACAUGAUACAACACAACAUGAUACAACACAAAACAACAUGAUACAACACAACAUGAUACAACACAACACAACAUGAUACAACACAAAAACAACAUGAUACAACACAACAUGAUACAACACAAAACAACAUGAUACAACACAACAUGAUACAACACAACACAACAUGAUACAACACAAAACGACAUGAUGCAACACAACAUGAUACAACACAAAACAACAUGAUACAACACAACAUGAUACAACACAACACGAUACAACACAACAUGAUACAACACAACACAACAUGAUACAACACAAUGUGACACAACACAACACAAUGUGACACAACACAACACAACAUGAUACAACACAAAACAACAUGAUACAACACAACAUGAUACAACACAACACACCAUGAUACAACACAACAUGAUACAACACAACACAACAUGAUACAACACAACAUGAUACAGCACAACAUGAUACAACACAACAUGAUACAACACAACAUGAUACAACACAACAUGAUACAACACAACACAACAUGAUACAACACAAAACAACAUGAUACAACACAACACAACAUGAUACAACACAACACAACAUGAUACAACACAACAUGAUACAACACAAUAUGACACAACACAACAUGAUACAACACAACACGAUAUGAUACAUACACCCUAGUGUGUGUGUGUCUACGUCUGUGUGUGUGUGUCUGUGUGUGCAUGUGUGCGUGUGCAAGUGUGCGUGUGUGUAUGUGUGUGUGUCAGACAGAUAUUUAUAGAAAGUGGGGCAGAUACAUGUUGAGUUAGGUCCAUCCAGACAGGAGGGCUCCAUAGGAAGUAGAGUGGCUGCUGGAGAAUGGGUGUAGUGUAGCAGCAUAUAUCAUAGAAUAUUAUUAGAGCUCUAUUCAAUCCAUAUCGCGGAAGAUCCAUGGUAUUGCACGAGUCAAAUUUAAAGGCAAGAGACUGCAUUCACUGUAAACGCUUCAUAUGUCAACUCAUUUGGGAAAUUACCUAUCAAUUUAAAUUGCGCUACAGUGUGGAUCUUCAGCGUUACGGAUUGAAUCUAGGCCUUAGACAUACACUACCGUUCAAAAGUUUGGGGUCACUUCGACAUUUCCUUGUUUUCGAAAGAAAAGCAAUUUUUUUGUCCAUUAAAAUAACAUCAAAUUGAUCAGAAAUACAGUGUAGACAUUGUUAAUGUUGUAAAUGGCUAUUGUAGCUGGAAACUGCUGAUUUUUAAUGGAAUAUCUACAUAGGCGUACAGAGGCCCAUUAUCAGCAACAAACAGUCCUGUGUUCGACUGGCACAUUGUGUUUGCUAAUCCAAGUUUAUCAUUUUAAAAGGCUAAUUGAUCAUUAGAAAACCCUUCUGCAAUUAUGUUAGCACAGCUGAAAACUCUUGUGCUGAUUAACUGGCCUUCUUGAGACUAGUUGAGUAUCUGGAGCAUCAUUAAUUGUGGGUUAGAUUACAGGCUCAAAAUGGCCAGAAACAAAUAACUUUCUUCUGAAACUCGUCAGUCUAUUCUUGUUCUGAGAAAUGAAGGCUAUUCCAUGCGAGAAAUUGGUAGAAACUGAAGAUCUCGUACAAUGCUGUGUACUACUCCCUUCACAGAACAGAACAAUUCUGGCUCUAACCAGAAUAGAAAGAGGAGUGGGAGGCCCCGGUGCACAACUGAGCAAGAGGACAAAUACAUUAGUGUCUAGUUUGAGAAACAGACGCCUCACAGGUCCUCAACUGGCAGCUUCAUUAAAUAGUACCCACAAAACACCAGUCUCAACGUCAACAGUGCAGAGGCGACUCCGGGAUGCUGACCUUCUAGGCAGAGUUGCAAAGAAAAAGCCAUAUCUCAGACAGGCCAAUAAAAAUAAAAGAUUAAGAUGGGCAAAAGAACACAGAUACUGGACAGAGGAAGAUUGGAAAAAAGUGUUAUGGACAGACGAAUCGAAGUUUGAGGUGUUCGGAUCACAAAGAAGAACAUUUGUGAGACGCAGACCAAAUAAAAAGAUGCUGGAUGAGUGCUUGAUGCCAUCUGUCAAGCAUGGUGGAGGCAAUGUGAUGGUCUGGGGGUGCUUUGGUGGUGGUAAAGUGGGAGAUUUGUACAUGGUAAAAGGGAUCUUGAAGAAGGAAGGCUAUCACUCCAUUUUGCAAUUCCAUGCCAUACCCUGUGGACGGCGCUUGAUUGGAGCCAAUUUCCUCCUACAACAGGACAAUGACCCAAAGCACAGCUCCAAACUAUGCAAUAACUAUUUAGGGAAGAAGCAGUCAGCUGGUAUUCUGUCUAUAAUGAAGUGGCCAGCACAGUCACUGGAGCUCAACCCUAUUGAGCUGUUGUGGGAGCAUCUUGACCAUAUGGUACGUAAGAAGUGCCCAUCAAGCCAUUCCAACUUGUGGGAGAUGCUUCAGGAAGCAUGGGGUGAAAUCUCUUCAGAUUACCUCAACAAAUUGACAACUAGAAUGCCAAAGGUCUGCAAGGCUGUAAUUGCUUUAAAUGGAGGAUUCUUUGACGAAAGCAAAGUUUGAAGGAUGGUAGUAAAGCAAAACGUUUGAAUGGUAGUGUAGGUUUCAAAGCAACAGCAAUGGUAGUAAAACAAAUUGUUAAACCUAUUGGUUGUAGGUCAACCCUUAAAAAAGUAGUCACAGUACAACUUAAAUAGAAGAUAUGAAUGUACUUUCCGUGCUCCUUGAUGUCAACUCUGAAUCUAACUAAAUUACACAUUCCACGGCAACUUAAGUAGUUGAUUACUCACUGGCCAGGUUUACUUAUUGCCUGUCCUCUUUCUGCCAGGCCCUGACUCUGUAUAACGACGAGUACAUUUAUUUUCAAGGAACUGAGUUGCCUGUGUGUGGCAAUACCGACAAUGCUUCAGUCCUUAACUCUGAGACACUUGAAACCCUGCUUUCACAAACCCUGGCUUCACAAACCCUGGCUUCACAAACCCUGGCUUCACAAACACUGCCUUCACAGACCCUGGCUUCACAAAGCCUGGCUACACAAACCCUGCCUUCACAAACCCUGGCUUCACAAACCCUUUCUUCACAAACCCUGCCUUCACAAACCCUGGCUUCACAUACCCUGGCAUCACAAACACUGCCUUCACAAACCCUGGCUUCACAAAGCCUGGCUACACAAACCCUGCCUUCACAAACCCUGGCUUCACAAACCCUUGCUUCACAAACCCUGCCUUCACAAACCCUUUCUUCACAAACCCUGCCUUCACAAACCCUGGCUUCACAUACCCUGGCAUCACAAACACUGCCUUCACAAACCCUGGCUUCACAAAGCCUGGCUACACAAACCCUGCCUUCACAAACCCUGGCUUCACAAACCCUUGCUUCACAAACCCUGCCUUCACAAACCCUGGCUUCACAAACACUGGCUUCACAAAGCCUGGCUACACAAACCCUGGCUUCACAAACCCUGGCUACACAAACCCUGUCUUCACAAACACUGGCUUCACAAACACUGGCUUCACAAACCCUGGCUUCACAAACCCUGGCUUCACAAACCCUGGCUUCACAAACACUGUUGGAGACACUAAUCAAAGAGUCCUCAUUCAACCUCCUCAAACCUCAGUUUUUCCCUGUCUACUAAUAAGUAUAUAAUUAAGCAGCAGGUCAUUAAUACAUCAGCACAUCUCACAUUUACAUUUACAUUUUAGUCAUUUAGCAGACGCUCUUAUCCAGAGCGACUUACAGGAGCAAUUAGGGUUAAGUGCCUUGCUCAAGGGCACAUUUACGUCAUUUAGCAGACGCUCUAGUCCAGAGGGGGGGGGGGGGGGGUAGAAGGAUUACUUUAUCCUAUCCCAGGUAAUCCUUAAAGAGGUGGGGUUUCAAAUGUCUCCGGAAGGUGGUGAGUGACUCCGCUGUCCUGGCGUCGUGAGGGAGCUUGUUCCACCAUUGGGGUGCCAGAGCAGCGAACAGUUUUGACUGGGCUGAGCGGGAACUAUGCUUCCGCAGAGGAAGGGGAGCCAGCAGGCCAGAGGUGGAUGAACGCAAUGCCCUCGUUUGGGUGUAGGGACUGAUCAGAGCCCGAAGGUACAGAGGUGCCGUUCCCCUCACUGCUCCAUAGGCAAGCACCAUGGUCUUGUAACGGAUGCGAGCUUCAACUGGAAGCCAGUGGAGUGUGCGGAGGAGGGGGGUGACGUGAGAGAACUUGGGAAGGUUGAACACCAGACGGGCUGCGGCAUUCUGGAUGAGUUGUAGGGGUUUAAUGGCACAGGCAGGGAGGCCAGCCAACAGCGAGUUGCAGUAGUCCAGACGGUAGUCCUAUCUCCAAUAGGAGUUAGAAGGUACCAUGCUAAAUGGCUUCUAAAGAACAAGCAGUUCAGAGUGCCAGCACUACUAGUUAGUAACAGUCAAAUCUGGACUACUCCCACUAGGCCACUACUAGUUAGUAACAGUCAAAUCUGGACCACUCCCACUAGGCCACUACUAGUUAGUAACAGUCAAAUCUGGACCACUCCCACUAGGCCACUACUAGUUAGUAAAAAUCAAAUCUGGACCACUCCCACUAGGCCACUACUAGUUAGUAAAAGUCAAAUCUGGACCACUCCCACUAGGCCACUACUAGUUAGUAAAAGUCAAAUCUGGACUACUCCCACUAGGCCACUACUAGUUAGUAAAAAUCAAAUCUGGACCACUCCCACUAGGCCACUACUAGUUAGUAAAAGUCAAAUCUGGACCACUCCCACUAGGCCACUACUAGUUAGUAAAAGUCAAAUCUGGACUACUCCCACUAGGCCACUACUAGUUAGUAAAAGUCAAAUCUGGACCACUCCCACUAGACCACUUCUAGUUAGUAAAAGUCAAAUCAAAGGGUCAUAUUUAUGUUUGAAAUGAUUUAUUCCACGAAGGCAUUCAUCUCUCAUGCUGUUUUCUACAAUAGGCUAUGCUAUCUACAGUAGACUUAUGUUAGUAUAAACACUGUGUUAUAUUUUACACUUAUAUAUAACAAGUCAUUUUCACCAUGACACUUAGUUACUUCAAAUCCAGCACUGACAUGCAUGCUUUAGUAGACACUCCCUCUCGCUUCAUUCUCCUGAAUCACAUGUUUUCAUGCUCUGAACAGAGAGAGAACAGAGAAGAUUCCAGUAGGCCUGCGUGUGGAUGAUGUAGCUCUCUGUGUGGAUGCUUGAUAUGAUAUCUCCUCUGCAGUGUGGAACUGGGAGAAACUGUAGGUGAGCGGUUGCAUGCUUGCAGGGCUGUGUGUCUUCAUUACAGUUAGGCCAGAUCAAACGAGCCCUGAUAUCAGACAUGCAGUGUGGCACACAGAGAUUAGUUGCAGGGGGUUGGAGAUGAAGCUCCCAGCAGGCCUCUCUUUUUCUCUCAGUUCAGGUUGGGAUCCUUAUUCCAGAUAUGUGAGCUUACAGUAACUUGAUGAUUGUGAGUCAUGCAUUGAUGUCAAUGGAAGAUUUGUGUGAAAACUCGAGUUAUGCACACAGAAUUUUGGAUAUCUGCCACACAUCGGUUAGCCAUACCUGCAGUUAAACAUAUAACCACUUAUUUCCUUACAGCUUCGAAACGGACUGGUUUAUAAAGACCGUAUUAUUCAGACCUAGGCUACUUGGCAUGGAGCGACAUCAGAAAGGCCUCUUCUCUCUGUUUGUAUCUGCUCUGUGUGAGAACUCUCCAUGUGUCCUUCAUCCAUAGUGCUAUUAUGAUGGUGCCAUGACUCAUGACAAUUUGAAUUGUGAGCUGAAUUUGGCAUUGAAUCUAGAGAUGCUGAUAAUUUGGCAUUGAAUCUAGAGAUGCUGAUAAUUUGGCAUUGAAUCUAGAGAUGCUGAUAAUUUGGCAUUGAAUCUAGAGAUGCUGAUAAUUUGGCUUUGAAUCUAGAGAUGCUGAUAAUUUGGCAUGGAAUCUAGAGAUGCUGAUCAUUUGGCAUUGAAUCUAGAGAUGCUGAUAAUUUGGCUUGAAUCUAGAGAUGCUGAUAAUUUGGCAUUGAAUCUAGAGAUGCUGAUAAUUUGGCAUUGAAUCUAGAGAUGCUGAUAAUUUGGCGUUGAAUCUAGAGAUGCUGAUUGUGUUGUUUAGUGCACAUCCCUGAUCCAUUCCAUAAAGGUGGUAGUAUAGACGCUUUAAAUAAAUCCCACUCUACUGAGCUGAUGAGGCGCUCUCUGGAGAAAACAUCUAAACUAUCUCUCUUCCUCCCUCCACUUCCCCUACAUGUUGUAUCUGUCUUGGAGUGUGUUUGUGCUUCCAUCUCUGUCUGUGGGAGAAUAAAACAGGGCCUAACUGCCUUAUAAAUGGAAAUAUACAUACCUCUGUGUUGCAAAAAUAUAAUCUGACCUCAAAGCAGAAUUGUGUUAACAAUAAAUGUUAUUCCUCCUCCAAACACUGACAUUGCCACAAGGUUGAUGUUUAAACUAUCACAGCACACACUGUUAUCAUCAUAGCAAAAACAUUUCAAGUUCAGCAUUGAUAUCAAGUUACCAUUCAACAAUGUGUAACACCAUUACUGACUGGGACUGUUGGGUUUGUGUUUACAGUCGCGGAGUGUUGACAAGCAGCAUGCAGUCAUCAACUAUGAGGUGAUCAGCGAUGAGCACAAAGUCAAGGACCUGGGCAGCCUGAACGGGGUGAGUUAAAGAAGGGUGAACGGGUAGAGGAGGAGAAGGCAUGUAAAAGGGUCAGAGGUUGUGCUACAUCUUUAGGCCAAUACAUUUUGCUCCAGCUUUGACUUGAGAGGAAUUGACAGGGCUGUUUAUUACCUCACCUGUAAAUGUGUGUCACAUGGCAUUAACAUAAUGCAUUUUCAAAUGACGUGCCCCUUUAUUCUACACCAUAAACUUUUCACGGUAGAGUUAAACCAUGUUUUAGAGCUCUUCCUGUCACAUGGUGUGUGUGAGUCAUGUGUUAGUUGUCCUAGUUCUGCUGAUUGCUCAGUGUGUAGGCUAACCCACUAGCCUGGAACAACUGUGAAGCAUUCUCCCAAGCAGGAAGCUGGAGUCAUAAGCUCUUCCUCCUGAGUCAUGCUUCAGGAUUCCUCCCCCGCCAUCCGAGGGCCCGUGGCGACAGGAAGUAGCACUACAUCCCAUGCUGGGCCAAUCAGAGCCUGACUGCUGAAUGCCCUGCACAUCUUACUCAUCUUUAGGAUAGAUCUUGAAUCAUAAGGGAAGUCAGUGUAUGUUCAAUCUGUCUGUCCAGGACACUGUUCUGAUAAAUUCUGAUAGCAACAACAGCUAGUCUACAGUCAUAACUGUAUCUUCUAACUAGACACUGUAACCACCUCUCAGCUAACACUUAGACUACCCAAUUUAGUUUAACUUUUAGAGUGACUUUAAACAGGACUUGUGACUAUUUAAAAAAUAUGGUGAUUUUUCUUUUUAUACUCUCCAUGAAGGACCCAGGUAGAAAAAAGUACCUCUUGUCCCCUUCAUCAAAUUUUGUCACACUAUUUAGAGGUCAGACAGAGACAGGCACAGAGUCAGGAAACUUAAUCAGUGUCAGUGAUGAUUGAAAAUGCUUGGUCAGUGAGGCCAGAGCUGCCAGUGUUUUCCUGGCUCUGCUCUGCACCCAUCAUCUGACAUACCUUCCAUAAACAGGCCCCAUCAGCCGACAUACCUUCCAUAAACAGGCCCCAUCAUCUGACAUACCUUCCAUAAACAGGCCCCAUCAGCUGACAUACCUUCCAUAAACAGGCCCCAUCAGCGGACAUACCUUCCAUAAACAGGCCCCAUCAUCUGACAUACCUUCCAUAAACAGGCCCCAUCAGCUGACAUACCUUCCAUAAACAGGCCCCAUCAGCGGACAUACCUUCCAUAAACAGGCCCCAUCAUCUGACAUACCUUCCAUAAACAGGCCCCAUCAGCUGACAUACCUUCCAUAAACAGGCCCAAUCAUCUGACAUACCUUCCAUAAACAGGCCCCAUCAUAUGACAUACCUUCCAUAAACAGGCCCCAUCAGCUGACAUACCUUCCAUAAACAGGCCCCAUCAUCUGACAUACCUUCCAUAAACAGGGCCCAUCAUCUGACAUACCUUCCAUAAACAGGCCCCAUCAGCUGACGUACCUUCCAUAAACAGGCCCCAUCAUCUGACAUACCUUCCAUAAACAGGCCCCAUCAGCUAACAUACCUUCCAUAAACAGGCCCCAUCAGCUGACAUACCUUCCAUAAACAGGCCCCAUCAGCUGACAUACCUUCCAUAAAUAGGCCCCAUCAUCUGACAUACCUUCCAUAAAUAGGCCCCAUCAUCUGACAUACCUUCCAUAAACAGGCCCCAUCAGCUGACAUAACUUCCAUAAACAGGCCCCAUCAGCUGACAUACCUUCCAUAAACAGGCCCCAUCAUCUGACAUACCUUCUAUAAACAGGCCCCAUCAGCUGACAUACCUUCCAUAAACAGGCCCCAUCAGCUGACAUACCUUCCAUAAACAGGCCCCAUCAUCUGACAUACCUUCUAUAAACAGGCCCCAUCAGCUGACAUACCUUCCAUAAACAGGCCCCAUCAUCUGACAUACCUUCCAUAAACAGGCCCCAUCAUCUGACAUACCUUCCAUAAACAGGCCUCAUCAGCCGACAUACCUUCCAUAAACAGGCCCCAGCUGACAUUUUUCACAUCACCUGAGUAUUUAAGGCAAUCUUUCCUUUUAUAAUGGCACUAUGGCUGGUUGUUAUGGGAGGUUGGAGAGACCUGCAAGAAAGCCAGAAAUCACAUUUACUUAAGAUUUUUACAGUCCUGAUGUAAUACAACCCUGAUCCAAUUUCUAGCCAUCACCUUUUGCCUGCAGGUUUGUGAUGAUUUGUAACUGAGAAUGAAAGGUAAUUUGAUUAUAUUCUGGAUUAAGUGUAGCCUGAAAUGAAGUGUAAUGGGAACAGUUUCCCUAAAUUCAUUAUGUAACUCAAGUCUGAGCCACAAGGGUUUUAAGCAAUGAAAACUGGGCUGGCCCGCCUUGCACUGGAGAAAGUCAAAGGGCAGUGAAUUUAUCAUGUGCUAUUUAUAAUGUGCCUCAAAUCCUUACAAACAUGUUUUUCCUAUUUUCUCUCCACACAGACAUUUGUGAAUGAUGUCCGAAUCCAGGAGCAGAUGUAUAUCACUUUAAAGAUUGAUGACAAGCUGAGGUUUGGAUAUGAUAUCCUUUCAAUCAUUCAGUCCUUAAAACUUUAAUGACACAACAUUACUGCAAUCUAAACAGACAUGAAGCAUCUGUUCAUUUAAUUGCUCUUGUCCACUGAUCAUUUGUCAAGAUGUAUAAUCUGUAAAUGUCAAUCUGUCAUCCACUGUGGCUUCGGCCUGACUGUUGUGUGUAUAAUGAAGUGGCUGUGAGGAUAGAUGCAAACAGUGUGAAAGUGUAUUCCCUUAACCUGUUUCACAUAUCAACCUGUUCACGGUGGUGCGAGGGGAGAUGACUGUCCCAGACGAGGCUCUGCAGGUAGGACACUACACACAAUAUACGACAAACUACAUACAACCCUUUACAUGUUGUGCUGGGAUUGCAUGUAUGUAACCUUUUCACACUUUGUAACACAUCAGAAUGUGGAAAAAGUAAAGGGGUGUGAAUACUAUUUGAAGGCGCUCUAUAUCAUAAUAUAUAUGUUAUACUCAAUAUCAGGGGUAUCAGGGGUGCUAAUUUCUGAUAAAUAUGAAAUAGCAACAGUUAUACCAUAGUAUAACAACAUGUCUGUAAGUACAGUGUCUUCAGAAAGUAUUCACACCCCUCAACUUUUUCAACAUUUUUGAAUGACUACCUCAUCUCUGUACCCCACACAUACAAUUAUUUGUAAGGUUCCUCAGUCGAGGAGUGAAUUUCAAACAGAUUCAACCACAAAGACCAGGGAGAUUUUCCAAUGCCUCGCAAAGAAGGGGACCUAUUGAUGGGUAAAAAGUUAUUAAUUACAUGCUGAAGUUAUUAAUUACACUUUGGAUGGUGUAUCAAUACACCCAGUCACAACAAAGAUACAGGCGUCCUUCCUAACUCAGUUGCCGGAGAGGAAGGAAACCGCUCAGGGAUUUCACCAUGAGAAUAAUGGUGACUUUAAAACAGCUACAGAGUUUAAUGGCUGUGAUAGGAGAAAAUAUUCCAAAACAUGCAUCCUGUUUGCAACAACUAAAGUAAUACUGCAAAGAAUGUGGCAAAGCAAUGAACUUUUUGUCCUGAAUACAAAAGUAUUAUGUUUGGGGCAAAUACAAUACAACACAUUACUGAGUACCACUCUUCAAAUUUCAAGCAUAGAGUGGCUGCAUCAUGUAAUGGGUAUGCUUGUAAUUGGUAAGGACUGGGGAGUUUUUCAGGAUAAGAAACAAACGUAAUGGAGCUAAGCACAGGCAAAAUCCUAGAGGAAAACCUGAUUCAGUCUGCUUUCCACCAGACACUGGGACUUGCUUACCAAGAAGACAGUGAAUGUUUCUGAGUGGCCAAGUUACAGUUUUGACUUAAAUCUAUUUGUAAGUAUGGCAAUACAUGAAGAAUUUUGAAAAUAAUAAUGGGCAAAUGUUGCACAAUCCAGGUGUGGAAAGCUCUUAGAGACUUAACCUGAAAGCUCACAGCUGUAAUCGCUGCCAAAGGUGCUUCUACAAAGUAUUGACUCAGGGGUGUGAAUACUUAUGUAAAUGAGAUAUUUCUGUAUUUCAUUUUCAAUACAUUUUCACUUUUUCAUUAUGGAGUAUUGUGUGUAGAUGGGUGAGAAAAAUAUCAAUUUAAUCAAUUUUGAAUUCAGGCUGGAACACAACAAAUUGUGGAAUAAGUCAAGGGGUAUGGAUACUUUCUGAAGGCACUGUAGGUUCAUGAGAUUAUAUCAUGCAAAUAUAACUUUGAGCUGUGUGUGUGUCAGCAUUAGAUGAAAUAUGAUAUUUUGGGCUCUGACGGUGUUCCUCUCCCUCCCUCCCUCCCUCCCUCCCUCCCUCCCUCCCUCCCUCCUUCAGCAUGAGAAGUUCACCAGCCAGCUCCAGCUGGCUAUGAAGCCCUCCAAGGUUGAGCCUUCCAAGUCACCUGCCAAGUCCCCUACUAAGACCCCCAGACCAGCCGAGAGCAAGGCAGCCGAGGGGACCACCAUGGAGCCAUCGGCCAAACCUGCUGAAUCACACAAGGGAGAUGACAAGAUGGCAGGUGAGAGCAGGAAGCACAUAUAAGAGAUGACAUGUAUAUUGUACGGUAUGACCCAGUCAUUUCAGGGAAAUAAUGAAUGGGAUAUUUCAGGGUAUUCAAUCAUGACACAGUAUUUGGAAAUAAGAAAUAUCUGCAUCCGAGUCGUGACUAGAUUCAUAAUUCCAUUUUAUAAGGAUAGCAUUUUAGAAUCAGUAUUCUGAAUGAGGAAGCAAUGAAUGUCCUGAUCCUACCAUAGAUUGGACAGUAGAUACACAUGUAUGGACUGUCAGUCAUCUAAAAGACUAAUAAACAUUUCACUGCCUGUCUCUUAUGGAGACUUUUCUGUUGAUCUAUUGUCUGUAAUAAAAGAGUGAGGGUUUAGGGCACAUUGUCAUUAAAAACAUCACACUAAUCUGAGCUACUGUCCUGUACCACUGGGGUGUCGUAUCUGAUUGGCCAGCCCACCAUGCUCCUGGUCCCACUAUCAGUAGCCACUGGGCAAAGACGGCAAUUCAACAUCUUUUGGUUCAAUGUAAUUUCAUUGAAAUGACGUGGAAACAACAUUGAUUCAACCAGUGUGUAAAGAGCUAUAUGUGUAAAGAGCUAUAUUUAUCUACAGGAUGCAGUAGAGAGGCUGCAGGUGCUCCCAUCUCUCCCAGUGCAGUAGACAGGCAGAAUGUCUCCUACACUUGCAUCGUUUAUGCUCUAUAGUCAAGUCACUCAGCUGGAGGGAGAGCUUAUGCUGGUGUUGGUGUGGGUAGCAGUGGAUAUUUUUGUGGUGUUCAGUACGCUUACAGUAGUUAGUACAGCUGUGGGAGUUGAAUAGCUACUGUAUUACAGAAGGACUUUAACAGGGGAACCAUGGCUUUUGGAUUGUGACAUACAGUACAUGGUUCAUUGUCAUUACAUUAGGAAUGUCCUUUGCUAUGCAUUGGCCUUUUAGGUUACCUGAGGCGGCAGUAGUGGGGCAGUGCCCCCCUUUGGAAUUAGAGAUUUUUGUGUUUUUGAACACCUGUAACUGCCAUUUCCUGCAAUCUAGAGCAAGAAAAUUGCUUAAAUUAUAACAAAUAAAGUGGUGCAGCCAGUCCACAAGGUGGUGCAGCGCCCUCUUAUAUUCUUUGGGGAAAACCCUAGUCGCUGGUUCGAAUCCCUGAGCUGACUAGGUGAAAAAUCUGUCGAUGUGCCCUUCAGCAAGGCACUUAUCCCUAAUUGCUCCUGUAAGUCGCUCUGGAUAUAAGCGUCUGCUAAAUGACUAACAUUUAAAGGAACAUCCAUACGGUUUGAUCCCUAUGGAUUGAGUAGUUUGUUCUGAUACAUGAGAGGAUGUCCUUAAUUAAUGACUUUAGCCAUGGCCAUAGUCUCUAGAUCAUCACCUAGAUUCAGCCACGGGCUGAUUUUUUUCUUGAGCGGAUGGUCAGGGGGCUGGAAAAUAAUUACAAAUCAUUUGUAGACUGCAACUUCACCGCAAGAAGCCCAAACAGAUAUAAUAUUUGACUAAAACAUAAUCAUUUCAAACCUUGCUUACAUUUGUAUACGAUCACGUGUCUCUCUAUUAUGCGUGGGAAUAAUUGGGAACAUAUUUCCAAAAUUAGAAUCACUUGGAGAUGAUUUCCUGGUGUUUUUACAGUCUUUUAUGUCCAACAAUGAAAAUUAUCUCUAAAAAUAAUAUACACUACCAGUCAAUAGUUUGGACACACCUACUCAUUCAAGGGUAUUUCUUUACUUUUACAUUGUAGAAUAAUAGUGAAGACAUCAAAACUAUGAAAUAACACAUAUGGAAUCAUGUAGUAACCAAAAAAGUGUUAAACAAAUCAAAAUAUAUUUUAUAUUUGAGAUUCUUCAAAUUAGCCACCCUUUGCCUUGAUGACAGCUUUGCACACUCUUGGCAUUCUCUCAACCAGCUUCACAUGGAAUGCUUUUCCAACAGUCUUGAAGGAAUUCCCACAUAUGCUGAGCACUUGUUGGCUGCUUUUCCUUCACUCUGCGGUCCAACUCAUCCCAAACCAUCUCAAUUGGGUUGAUUUCUGUAGCUAGUAACUCUAAUGAACUUAUCCUCUGCAGCAGAGGUAACUCUGGGUCUUCCAUUCCUGUGGCGGUCCUCAUGAGAGCCUGUUCCAUCAUAGCGCUUGAUGGUUUUUGCGACUGCACUUGAAUAAACUUUCAAAGUCCUUGACAUUUUCCGGAUUGACUGACCUUCAUGUCUUAAAGUAAUGAUGGACUGUCGUUUCUCUUUGCUUAUUUGAGCUGUUCUUGCCAUAAUAUGGACUUGGUCUUUUACCAAAUAGGGCUAUCUUCUGUAUACCCUCCCCUACCUUGUCACAACACAACUGAUUGGCUCAAACGCAUUAAGACGGAAGUAAAUUCCACAAAUUAACUUUUAAAAAGGCACACCUGUUAAUUGAAAUGCAUUCCAUGUGACUACCUCAUGAAGCUGGUUGAGAGAAUGCCAAGAGUGUGCAAAGCUGUCAUCAAGGCAAAGGGUGGCUAUUUGAAGAAUCUCAAAUAUAAAAUAUAUUUUGAUUUGUUUAACACUUUUUUUGGUUACUACAUGAUUGCAUAUGUGUUAUUUCAUAGUUUUGAUGUCUUCACUAUUAUUCUACAAUGAAGAAAAUAGUAAAAAUUAAGAAAAACCCUUGAAUGAGUAGGUGUGUCCAAACUUUUGACUGGUAGUGUAUAUAUAUAUAUUUUUUGCUCAGAAACUUGGGGGGGGGGGGGGGGGGGGGGGGAACAAAAAUAAAACCACCCGUGGGGCGCCAGUUGGGGAACCCUGGUCUAAUAUGAUCAGGAUCAAAACAACAGAUGAUCUAACACUAUCAUAUGGGGCAUCAGGCUUAACGCAUGAGUCCAGUGUACCAACAUUACAUUUAACCCGCCUUGCCACCCACUAUGUGUUUAAUUACAACAUCUGCAGUGGGGGCCUCCAGCAGAGGGCCUAUAACGAUAGGGGAGCCACAUCCACCCAUAUGUCUCCUUUAUUACCCGAUGCAGGAAGCGUUUACAUGUGUUCCUCCUUCUCUUCUUCUCUGCCACCUGGAUAUUGUAGCCUGCUAAUUUUCCUUUUAAUGCUAAUGUGUUAUUCCCCCCUGCCGAUUCAGAGGCAGGCAGUCACCGUAUGUUCCCUUUCCUCUCUGGGGUCAGACAGUCACUGUAUGUUCCCUUUCCUCUCUGCAGUCAGACAGUCACCGUAUGUUCCCUUUCCUCUCUGCAGUCAGACAGUCACUGUAUGUUCCCUUUCCUCUCUGCAGUCAGACAGUCACUGUAUGUUCCCUUUCCUCUCUGCAGUCAGACAGUCACCGUAUGUUCCCUAUCCUCUCUGCAGUCAGUCAGUCACCGUAUGUUCCCUAUCCUCUCUGCAGUCAGACAGUCACCAUAUGUUCCCUAUCCUCUCUGCAGUCAGACAGUCACCGUAUUGUUCCCUUUCCUCUCUGCAGUCAGUCAGUCACCGUAUGUUCCCUAUCCUCUCUGCAGUCAGUCAGUCACCGUAUGUUCCCUAUCCUCUCUGCAGUCAGACAGUCACUGUAUGUUCCCUUUCCUCUCUGCAGUCAGUCAGUCACCGUAUGUGCCCUAUCCUCUCUGCAGUCAGACAGUCACCGUAUGUUCCCUAUCCUCUCUGCAGUCAGACAGUCACUGUAUGUUCCCUAUCCUCUCUGCAGUCAGUCAGUCACCGUAUGUUCCCUAUCCUCUCUGCAGUCAGACAGUCACCGUAUGUUCCCUAUCCUCUCUGCAGCACACCACCAUAGGUUAACUGGAGAUAUUAUGCAGGCAGGCAAAGCUCCUGACCAAGCUUGCAGCAAUAAUAGGCAUUUAUAGGCAUUUUGAACACAGUCCUCUGUGAAUGUGCACUGCAAUUAGUGCAUUCUCUGGGUUUUGUUCAUAUGCAAAGUCAGUGCUUGCUUACACUGCAGCCCAAAUUAUUAUUGGGUUCCAUUUUGCUAUUGUGACAUUGUUUCCAGACCUUGCUUCAACUAACAAAUACUAUUUACAUGGUCUGUAAAGUCACCCUCAUGUAAACAUCCCAGCUGGAUUCAGCUGGAUUCAGCUGGGUGAAGUCAGAGUGGGGAGAGGAGAAGGUAGUUAGGAACUCAGGCCUUUGGCAGUGGGGUGAGGAGAAGGUAGUUAGGAACUCAGGCCUUUGGCAGUGGGGUGAGGAGAAGGUAGUUAGGAACUCAGGCCUUUGGCAGUGGGGUGAGGAGAAGGUAGUUAGGAACUCAGGCCUUUGGCAGUGGGGUGAGGAGAAGGUAGUUAGGAACUCAGGCCUUUGGCAGUGGGGUGAGGAGAAGGUAGUUAGGAACUCAGGCCUUUGGCAGUGGGGUGAGGAGAAGGGAGUUAGGAACUCAGGCCUUUGGCAGUGGGGUGAGGAGAAGGUAGUUAGGAACUCAGGCCGUUGGCAGUGGGGAGAGGAGAAGGUAGUUAGGAACUCAAGCCUUUGGCAGUGGGGAGAGGAGAAGGUAGUUAGGAACUCAGGCCUUUGGCAGUGGGGAGAGGAGAAGGUAGUUAGGAACUCAAGCCUUUGGCAGUGGGGAGAGGAGAAGGGAGUUAGGAACUCAGGCCUUUGGCAGUGGGGAGAGGAGAAGGUAGUUAGGAACUCAUGCCUUUGGCAGUGGGGAGAGGAGAAGGUAGUUAGGAACUCAGGCCUUUGGCAGUGGGGUGAGGAGAAGGUAGUUAGGAACUCAGGCCUUUGGCAGUGGGGAGAGGAGAAGGGAGUUAGGAACUCAGGCCUUUGGCAGUGGGGAGAGGAGAAGGUAGUUAGGAACUCAGGCCUCAUUGGUGAUAAUGGAGCAGAGGCUGGUGUUGAUGGUUUGUCCCUCUGUGUCCUGCUGACUGGGUUAUGUAGGUCAGUGGAACGGCUAAAGCCAAACCAGUGCUCCAAGUCCCAUCAUCCAGGACAGAUUAAUUAAAAGACACAGUGCAGCUGCUCAGGAACAAUCACAUUAGCUACUGGCCAGUUACUGUGUCGAUUGACUUCAUUCAUUUAUCUUGUCAAACAUCCCUUGAUGAAUGUCAUACAUUAAAUCUAAAUUUAGUGAAACCUCUUGUGUUUGUGUUAUAGGGGACAUAGCAGCAUCGCACCGGGGAACACCUCUGUAUGGACAGCCAUCUUGGUGGGGGGAUGGGGACGCAGACGACGAGAACUCUUUCAAGCAGGAGACCAAGACGUGUGGGAAAAAGCAUGACAGCUCUGCAGCAGGUAAGAACCAACAUGACCUCAUCAUAUCUCAAGUAUGAAAUGAUAUGUUUCAAAUGUUGGCAAAAUGAUCAGAUACAUGCACACAUGUACAGUACAUUAGAUGAACUACUCUAGGACAUGAUUAAAUGACAUUCCUGAUGGCUUGAGGUCAAAUCAACAUAAACUAUCUUUUUACCUGGGAUCUCUUUUUCUGAAGUGGCAGAUGUUCCUGGAUGAUUAUUGUCCUCUAUGUAAUGUGUGUUCUGAAGUAAUCCUGUUGUUAUAACAGAACUAUAGCAUGCCAACUUGGAACAUAAAGCGCAGAAUACUUUCUAUAAGUAGUAACAUGGUGGCUUCAUGUUGUGGUCCUCUGUAGCUCAAUUGGUAGAGCAUGGCGCUUGUAACGCCAGGGUAGUGGGUUCGAUCCCCGGGACCACCCAUACGUAAAAAUAUAUGCACACAUGACUGUAAGUCGCUUUGGAUAAAAGCGUCUACUAAAUGGCAUAUUAAUAUUAUUGUCACGAUCGUUAACGGAAGAUACUGACCAAGGCGCAGCGUGAUAAGCGUACAUUUUAUGAAGUACUUAACACGACACAAAACAACAAACAAAUGAUACGUGAAGUCCUAGGUUACACAAAACAAACCUUUACGGAACAAGAUCCCACACCGACUAGUGCCAAACAGGCUGCCUAAGUAUGGUCCCCAAUCAGAGACAACGAGAUACAGCUGCCUCUGAUUGGGAACCACCCUGGCCAACAUAGAUCUAAACGAUCUAGCACAUCAACAUAGAAAAUAUAACAUAGAAACUACAAACCCUGGCUCAACAUUUCAGAGUCCCCAGAGCCAGGGCGUGACAGUACCCCCCCCCCCCCCCCCCCCCAAAGGCGCGGACUCCACACAAACACAACAGGGUAGGGGCCGGGUGGGCAUUCCGCCUCGGAGGCGGAUCCGGCUCCGGGCGUGACCACCACUUUCUCUCCACCUCCCCGUUGCGCCCCUGAUCUGGUCUGGCACCGCUGACUGGAGCUGGACCCGACGACGGUGGAUCAAACCGUACAGGCUCCGGACUGGAGCCGCUGGCCGGAGCUGGACUGGACACCGGUGGAGCGGAUUGCUCUGGCUCCGCAGUGGAUCCGCUGACUGGAGUUGGACCGGACCCCGGUGGAGCGGAUUGCUCUGGCUCCGGAGUGGAGCAGCUGACCGGUGCCGGACCAGGCACCGGUGGAACAGGCACGGGCCGUGCCGGACUGAACACACGCACCACUGGCUUGGUGCGGGGAGCAGGAACGGGCCGGACCGGGCUGACGACGCGCACCACUGGCUUGGUGCGGGGAGCAGGAACGGGCCGGACCGGGCUGACGACGCGCACCACUGGCUUGGUGCGGGGAGCAGGAACAGGCCGGACCGGGCUGGCGACGCGCACCACUGGCUUGGCGCGAGGGGCAGGAACAGGCCGGACCGGGCUGGCGACGCGCACCACUGGCUUGGCGCGAGGGACAGGAACAGGCCGGACCGGGCUGGCGAUGCGCACCACUGGCUUGGCGCGAGGGACAGGAACAGGCCGGACCGGACUGGGAACACACACCACUGGCUUGGUGCGGGGAGCAGGAACAGUCCGGGCUGGACUGGGAACACGCACCACUGGCUUGGUGCGGGGAGCCGGAACGGGCCGGGCCGGACUGUGGAGGCGGACUGGAGGUCUGGAGCGGAGAGCUGACACAACCCGUCCUGGCUGAAUGCCUACUUCCACACAAUACGUGUGAGGCAUCAGCACAGGACGUACGGGGCUGUGCACUCGUACUGGCGCUACAGCACGUGGCACUGGCGCAGGAUAUACGGGACCGAGGAGGCGUACUGGAGACCACGAGCGUUGAGCCGGCACACCCCGUCCUGGCUGAAUGCCCAUCUUUGCACGACACGUGCGUGGUGCUAGCACAGGACGUACAGGACUGUGCCGGAACACUCGCGGCACAGUACGUGGCUCCGCAUAACACGGAGCCUGCCCAGUCACACGCUUCCUAGCCUGAGUACGGUGAGUUGGCUCUGCUCUAACCCUAGGCUCGGCCAACCACCCUUUUAGCCCCCCCCAAAAAAAAAUUAUUGGGGCUGUCUCUCGGGCUUCCUCCUCGGCCGGUACCCUCUGCGUUGCCGCUGCUCCUCUCUAUAGCGCGCCUCCACAGUCUCCUCCCAAGGACGGCGAUCCAUUCCGGCCUGAAUCUCCUCCCAAGUCCAGGAUCCCUUCCCGUCCAGGAUCUCCUCCCAGGUCCAGGCUGUCUGUUCCUGGACACGCUGCUUGGUCCUCUUUUGGUGGGAUCUUCUGUCACGAUCGUUAACGGAAGAUACGGACCAAGGCGCAGCGUGAUAAGCGUACAUUUUAUUAAGUACUUAACACGACACAAAACAACAAACAAACGAUACGUGAAGUCCUAGGUUACACAAAACAAACCUUUACGGAACAAGAUCCCACACCGACUAGUGCCAAACAGGCUGCCUAAGUAUGGUCCCCAAUCAGAGACAACGAGAUACAGCUGCCUCUGAUUGGGAACCACCCUGGCCAACAUAGAUCUAAACGAUCUAGCACAUCAACAUAGAAAAUAUAACACAGAAACUACACACCCUGGCUCAACAUUUCAGAGUCCCCAGAGCCAGGGCGUGACAAUUAUUAUUAUUAUUAUGUUCAUUCCCAGGCUCAUCCGUUCUGUGCGUAUUGAGGGUAAUGGCCAUGUGACUCACAGUACACAGUGUGUAUAUGCAUAGGGUGUGUUUGUGUUGGUCCGGAGGAUCCCAUUAAGUUGUGCUGGGCAGGAGUAACAGGAUUAAAGAUUAGGCCAGGCUUGGAGGCUGCAGGACACCCAAUGGGUGCUGGGGUGGAGUGGGGGAAGUCCAUCCAGACCUCUUAGACUACUAGACCAUAGAGCUGUCCUUACACUAACAACAGUCAGAGUGCAGUGCAGUCAGUCCUCUGCAGCCCUUAGGAACAACAACAUUUUGGAAUACAUUGAGGCUUGUGAUCGGAAAGCCUGGAGGACUUUUAUUUUAAUUCAAGUAUUCAAGAGGUUGCAUCUACCAUGGAGCUCAGUAAGUUGAAGCAAUUUUAUAGUUUAUUUGUGUGAUCAUUGACAUGUGUAGACAAUAUGCAUAGUGUAGGCCCUACCAGAGCAUGUGAGCGGAGUGGAGCGGGAGCGAGCGUGGAGCGCGAGCGGGUGGAUUUUGGACAGAGCGCAGAGCAGCAUUUUUAAAAGGACGGAGCGUUGCCCUAUGGCCCGCUCCAAUUUCGCACCGCUCACACCACGAGUCUGAAGUAUGCUCAAGCCUGACUCAGAAUCCAUCUGUGUCUUGCACAGUCAUCAACAGUAGACUAUUUUCAGUCAAAAUUGGGCUCAAUAAUGGAGUUCACCAAGUACUUCAAAAAGGAAAAUGAGAAGUCAUACAGGUGUACUAUUAAUAUAAAACUAACUAACAAUGAUAAUGUGGUACAAGAAAAAGAUUGUGGUGACAUCGUUUCAGUCAGUAAAGAUUCAUUUUGGAAUCUAAAAAGACACAUCUCUCGAAAACACGUGAACACGCUGGGAAGAAAGCAAAAGGUUAGCAAGUUGAAUACGGUAACUUGUAACAAAAGUGUAAAGUAAAUAUAGCCUAAUAUUCAAACAAAUUAGUUUUGUCAUUCAAAGAAGGCCUAAUAUAUGGUUCGUUUAAUUUAAUUUGUGUCGUCCAUGAAUUUGUAUUUUAUAGAGCGAGAGGAGCAGCAGCAGCAACAAGAGAAAAGGGUUGAGGAAUUCAAAAGUUUCUUCACUGCACACAAAGGCCCAAACAUAACAAGGGAGAGAAAAAGAGAGCUGGAUGUAGCAUUUUAAAAAAUGAUUUAUAUGGACUAUGAACCGCUGAGUAAAGGAGAACGCGAAGGGAUGCAACACUUCGCCAGCGCAGCUCAACCGGGCUACACCCCCCCAUGCUACAACACCGUACGGGACACGCUCAUGCCACAUGCCCUGGAAGAAAUGGAAGCCAAACUGCAAGACCUACUGCAAAAUGGUGAUGGGCUCGUUCUGUCAGCGGCCAUUUGGACCAGUAGAAGAGGGCACAGCUUCCUUGGCAUCGUAGCCAGUUUCAUUGAUGGGACGUUCUGGGGGCACACGGUUUUGUUGGGCUGUGAGCACAUACAGGGGCACCAUACCGCAGAUCGUAUUUACCAAAAGUAUGAAAGUGUACUGAAAUAUUGGAAUGUGCAACGACGUGUGAUUCGGGUCGUCACUGACAGUGCCAGCAACAUGAUCAAUGCGUUUAACCUCCUCCCUGGCACUGAAGAGGAGGCGGAGGGUGAAGUGACCGCGGAUGCCAGCAGCAGCGCAGAACAAGAAGAGGAGGAUGAGGGACCACCUGCGCCCUCGCAAGUCCAUGUGGAAGUGAUAACCACUAAUGUAGAAGGUAUGAGAAAUCAGUACUUUACUGUGUCAAAUUUACAUCUGAGAUGCCCCAUUCACAUGCUUCAGCUGGCGAUCAAAGACGCCGUUAACGAGCACGACAACAUGAAUUGGCUGUUAGUGAAAGUCGGGCACCUGGUGAAAAGGUGACACUCACGCUGCACUUCCAAUGGGCAUCGCUGCUUUUGCAGAAACAUUGGCAAACAACGUGUCAAUUCGCUAUGGAAUAUACUAUACUGAUAAACAUCUAAUUUUAGCAUCAGUGUUAGAUCCCCGUUUCAAGACAGAAUGGAUAAUCCGAGAUGAGUCUGUAUGCAACAAACUCGAGGAGAUCUGCGACCUCCUCAUAAAAGAAGCUGAGGAAAUGAACGCUCCCAGCGGGACACCCGAGACCGACACCCCACCCGCCGCUGACCUGAAUCCCGAGCCUGAACUAAAAAGAGCUUGCCUGUUCGGGUCAUACUUCAGCGAGCAGCUACGCAUAACCGGAGACGCCAAAGGUGAAGUCGAAAAUUACCUCUCAUCCCCGAGACAGAACCCAGACGCAGAUGUUAUUCGAUUUUGGAAAGAAGACUCCACGUCGUUUCCCUGCCUGGCUAAAGUAGCUCGCAUUGUGUUCAGCAUCCCAAGCGGGUCUGCGAGCGCAGAGAGGGUUUUCUCCUCUGAUGGCCUGCUGUCAAGAAACCACCGCAUGAGUCUGAAGCCUCAGACAUUGGCCAAACUUGUGUUCUUGAAGGUGAACUCAAAAGAACUGUAUAUAAGGAAAGCAAUUCAUUUGUGUUAUUUUAUUUUAAAGUUUGACAAUGGAUAUAAGCCAAUUUAAAUUUUUAUCCACGUGCACGCUGCGCAAAAGUUCAGUUAUCAGAAUUUUGGCCUAAUAGUUAAUUUACUUUUAAAACUUUGAUGUAUAUUUUUAUUUAUAUAAUUAGGCCCAUUGAUUCGUUUAAUUUUACAGGACUUUUUGUGUAUUCCUUCUUACAUAGGCUAGGCCUAAUUUGUAAUUUGAAAUAAAACAUUUAUAUUUGGAAAAUGUUGUCGUUGCUCUUUAGUUCUUUGGGAGGUAAGGAUUUUUUUCAUUUUUUGGAGCGAGCGGGGGGGGCGAUUUGAGUGGAGCGCGAUGCAAACUGUGUUGAGUGCUGAGCGAUAACGAGCAGACUGGCCUGAUGUGGCUUUGAGCAGGGGGAGCGUAAGGGUAAAAAGCUCCGUGAGCGAGGAGCUGAGAUUCUCACCGCUCCACUCCGCUCAUAUGCUCUGGAGGCUACCUUUGAAUUACAGUUCUAUUGGUAGACUUGAAUUAAAUUACAAUGGAUUAACGUAUGGAUGUUGGUAUUACUACUGUGUUCAUUUUACUUAUUGAAGCAGUGCUCUAGGUAGGUAGCAUGUAGUGACCCACUGACCUCUCCUUAUCUCGGUUAUUGAGAGGCCCACAGUAGAGGACAGUGGACUGGUCUGUCAGACGUAAAUAUGGACAGCAUCCCCAAGGAAUGUGUCACACACAGUGGGCCUACCUGACCAGUCUUUCACAGUGACAGCCCUUAUGGGUCCCAAGUGUCAACAGAGUACACAGCCAUGUUAUGUAAUUGUAAGCCAUGUCUCCAUGGUGGCAUUAAAACAGAUCUGGCGUUAUAAUCAUGGUCAUUAAAUGGAAAUGAUAUGUGUGCAAUGCAGACAGCUUGCAAUGAGCUUGGGUGGUAUGGUAUUAUAAGGUAGUAUUGGGAGCUGAAGUCUGUAGGAUGCAUAGAUAAUGUUAAGAAGUUCUAUAUGAUUAGAUAUAAACUGCCCCAUCUUCUCAUUCAAACUGCACUGAAUCUGAACACACUCACACCCUCCGCCUCAAGUGCCUCUGAGUUUAUCUAGUCAGGGAAUCUUCAUAAUGAAUCAGCAUUAUAGUCUCUUGGGAGCCCAAAUAAAGCACACAAUCAGGGUACAGUUCCCCACAUCAAAGAGCCAGUGUUACACGUUACAGUUCCCCACAUCAAAGAGCCAGUUUAGUAUCUUCUCCCAUAGCUAUUCUUAGUAGUGUGAAGAGGGCAUAUGUCCCCCACUAGUAGAGAGACUUAAUUUGAGCCAGUUUGCUACAGAAGGAAAAUAAUCCUGCAGCAACAGGAAAUGUGUAUUAUUAUGUGGAUUAUAAUUAAUGGACAUUUUCAUAAGGGAAAAUCAAGUCUGAAAUUCCAAAGUGGAAAUUACACACUUCAGAAGCCUCAAAUACACUGCAUUACAGCAAAGCUAUCCUGCAACAGGGUGAUCAAAUUAAGAUUCUACAUCUGUAGUGUAAAGGAACGGUCUCAUGUCCUGUUGAAUAGGCUCUGUUGUAGCUGGCCCCAGCCCCCCUCCUUAUGUAUUGUCACUCUGGGCUAUUGGGUUACGCCAUUGCACCAGCUUUCACAUAGCGCUGAAACAAACCGCUUUCUCCAACACUGGAACUCUCAUUACCUAGAUUGUCUGUAGUAAGUAUCUUGCUGAAGUCCUUUCUUUAGCUAAUUACUCAAUUUAAGGACAUAGUUUGCUGGGAUUCCAAACUGAGGCUUUCAUUUUGAAGGGGAAGCCACCUCUGCCUGAACUUUGGUCACCUGUGGCUUUUCAGGAGGAUUUUCAGUCAUACGUAUAAACCAGAUGGUCUACACAUCCCAUAGUGCCUUGCCACAUAAUCAAAUGAAGUCACACAAUCAUUAUUAAGUAAGUAGCCUAAAGGGUUUUGAUUGGCUUCCUCAUCAGUUCUUCUCAAAGUGACACUACAUGGCUUUGUGCCUGUCUGCCAGUGCCACAGCACAGCCUGACUUGUUUUGUUUAGAGGGCUGUGUUCUGCCAGUGCCACAGCACAGCCUGACCUGUUUUGUUUAGAGGGCUGUGUUCUGCCAGGGCCUCAGACACUGAUUCAGACUAAUGGUGAGACUCAGAACAGACACAGCUGAAUGGCCCAUGUGGGGCCAGUGACCUCUGACUGCUAAAUACUGAUCCCCAGUGUUCUCCUCUCCUCUCUGUGAAUCUACAGACGACAGAGAGCCUAAGAGGAGUGAGAGGCCUAUGGAGGAUGGCCUGGGUCCUGAGCCCAGCUACUUUGAGAUCCCCACCAAAGAGGCUCAGAUGGCAGAGGACAGCAUUCAUGAGAUCCCCACCAAAGACAUUGAGGGGGCUGCUGCUACCCCCUCCACCCCCACCAGCGCUCAGGGCCACGCCUCACCUCACGCCUUCACCAUCGAGUUUGAUGACACCUCCCCUGGCAAGGUCAGGAUCAAGGACCACGUGUCCAACCUGACUCUAGACCACCGGCCCCGGCUUAAGAAGGCCCCCCAGCCGGGCAGCAAGGACCUCAGCACCCUGCAGGCCGCCAUGAUGGCCUCUGAGAGCAAGGUGGCUGAUUGGCUGGCCCACAACGACCCCCCCAUGGUGUGCAGUGAGUCCACGGAGGAGGACAGAAAGAGCAUCAAGAGUGAUGUCCCCAUCCACUUCAACAGGCUCAAAGGUGAGGGCCACAGCCUGCCUGCUCUCCUCCCUCUAUCCCUGCCUGUCUUUCUCUCUCCCUCAGUUUCUGUUGCCAGAUCAGCAAAUGCACUUAUUUCCUCCCUAUAGCAACACUACAGUAUCCUCUACUAACUGUUGUACAUCUGGCCUUGCUAACCUCACAAUUAAGCUGAUCUGAUCAACAUGUGUUUUACUGCUAAGAGCCGUGAGCGUUUAAGUUAAUUUGGGUGUUUUUUUGGGAGAUCCUGUAAAAUGCAUCCUCUUAAUAAAGCUCAUCCCUUACUCGCUAAAAACUGAGCCUAAAAUGUUUUGUUAUUUUUGUAUCUUAUCAUCUAAAAUAAGACUAGUGUUUGACCCAGUAACUCCUAGAAUAGCGGCUCAUCUGAUGCAGUAAUGACCAUUAACCAUCAACCAGACUUCACUGACCCAUACCUGUCGCUGUCCUCAGGCUGGUCAUGGAACCUACUGUAUGGUCCAUACCUGCCACUGUCCUGAUAUGAUGUCAUUCUUUAAAGGUUGCUUAUAUCAAAUAGUGUCUAUUUAUGUACAGUAAUUCAAUAAAAGUCCCUUUUAUCAAAUAUUAUCUGUUUAUGUAAUUCUAUAAAGGUCACUUAUAUUAAAUAGUGUCCGUUUAUGCAAUUCUAUAAAGGUCACUUAUAUUAAAUAGUGUCAGUUUAUGCAAUUCUAUAAAGGUCACUUAUAUUAAAUAGUGUCAGUUUAUGCAAUUCUAUAAAGGUCCCCAGCCUGAAGCAAAUAUAAGUCCAACCCUCCUGUGUACUGUAUAUCAGUGACAGAGACACACCCUUAUGACUCUCUAUGUACAACCUACCACUCUGAUUCUAGUGAUUCUUCAUACUUAAAUCUCUCAGCCCUCCAUGUGGUCCUCUGUAGCUCAGCUGGUAGAGCACGGCGCUUGUAACGCCAAGGUAGUGGGUUUGAUCCCCGGGACCACCCAUACACAAAAUUGUAUGCACGCAUGACUGUAAGUCGCUUUGGAUAAAAGCGUCUGCUAAAUGGCAUAUUAUUAUUAUUUGCAGUAAACCGAGAGAGACUAGACUCAGCAGUCAGAAUUUUCUGCCACAUUUGCUACUUCCUCAGGAUUAGUCCCCAGCCGUCUCCCAGCUCUGACACCCAUUGACUGAGCUUUGCAUGGAUGGCACAGUAGGCUACCUGUGUGCCUGCCUGCCUGCCUGCCUGCCUGCCUGCCUCCCCAUUCUCCAUUCUGCCUGCCUAAGGCACUCAUUUUCUGCUGUACACCAAGGAGCCAAGCCACAUCCAUCCCAUCUCCUUAAUGAUUCAUCCACAUAGUUGUGCUUUUCCUUUGUUUCAUAUUUUAAUUGGAGCCUGGACACUAUCUCUGUCUGGUAAUGCACUUUUCAGGUAGGUCUCUCUCUCUCUCUCUCUCUCUCUCUCUCUCUCUCUCUCUCUCUCUCUCUCUCUCUCUCUCUCUCUCUCUCUCUCUCUCUCUCUCUCUCUCUCUCUCUCUGUGUACCUCUUCUAACUGCUGAGUAUGGUCAUGUUGCUGUGGGACGCUGUUUGAAAGAACUCAGGAGAGAGUGCUACUCUUUGGAGCUGGCUAAUUAAAUGGGUGCUAAUUUGUGGUGUGCGAUAACUGUGUCUGGGGGGUGGGGUGCAGACAGAGUGGAAUAAAUGGAGAUUUAUGAAGCACAUAGCACAUAUAAAGGUGAAGUCAGAGGCUGAGCUACACUACAUACUGUUUUAGGCUCCUGUUUAUUCUGAAGCUGUACCUUCCAGAGGCUGUUGUGGGAGUCUAGCUGUGGGAUCAAGGGGAGGGAGAAACAGGGGUCGGUGUUGAGGUUGGAGUUCUCGUGCUGCAGGCGGUUAGGACUGUGAUCUUUGGAGGUGUGUGUGAGGCAUGCUCAGUGGUGCUCAGUGCAGCCAUCAGCCCCAGGGACAGAGAACUCUGUGUGUGAAGCAUGCUCAGUGCAGCCAUCAGCCCCAGAGACAGAGAGCUGUGUGUGUGUGAAGCAUGCUCAGUGCAGCCAUCAGCCCCAGAGACAGAGAGCUGUGUGUGUGUGAAGCAUGCUCAGUGCAGUCAUCAGCCCCACGGACAGAGAGAUGUGUGUGUGUGAAGCAUGCUCAGUGCAGUCAUCAGCCCCACGGACAGAGAGCUGUGUGUGUGUGAAGCAUGCUCAGUGCAGUCAUCAGCCCCAGGGACAGAGAGCUGUGUGUGUGUGAAGCAUGCUCAGUGCAGCCAUCAGCCCCAGGGACAGAGAGCUGUGUGUGUGUGACGCAUGCUCAGUGCAGUCAUCAGCCCCAGGGACAGAGAGCUGUGUGUGUGUGAAGCAUGCUCAGUGCAGCCAUCAGCCCCAGAGACAGAGAGCUGUGUGUGUGUGAAGCAUGCUCAGUGCAGCCAUCAGCCCCAGAGACAGAGAGCUGUGUGUGUGUGUGGACGGGAAAGCAAGACGAGCCUGAAGCUGCUGAGUGUUAAUAUUCAUGUUCUCAGGUGGGUCUCUGAAACACAAUGGAUGGAGAGGGGGCCGGUCGGUGCAUGGGGACCGCUUGAAGAUACUGUGUAGCUUUUACACUACAGAGUAAGGGUUAACUUUGUUGUUUGUGACGUAAAUGAACCAACAGGUUAAUAACUGUUACGUUUUGGUGGUUUUAGUCUCUGUUAACCUGUUUGUGUUGUGAAUGUUGUGUGUUUUAAAACUGUGAUGGAGAUUUGACAUUUGACAGUUGUCUGUGUGUUAGAGUGUUUACUCUGCUGUGCUGUAUACUAUGGUUAACUGUUGUUUUGUUGACUGUCUUCUACAUUUUAUAUUACAGUUAACUAUGUUAUUUGUCGGUAAAUUGUAUAUAGUAUGUAUAAGCUAGAAGUAGAAGCCUAAGUGUUGUUGUCCAUUAGUUUACUCCAAAUUAGGGGAGGGAUGGUAGGGUUAGGGGAACAUAAAAAGAAGGAAAAAUGAUAUAUACAGCACCAGUCAAAGGUUUGGACACACCUACAUAUUCAAGGGUUUUUCUUUAUUUUUACUAUUUUCUACAUUGUAGAAUAAUAGUGAAGACAUCACAACUAUGAAAUAACACAUAUGGAAUCAUGUAGUAACCAAAAAAGUGUUAAACAAAUCAAAAUAUAUUUUAGAUUUUAGAUUCUUCAAAGUAGCCACCCUUUGCCUUGAUGAUAGCAUUGCACACUCUUGGCAUUCUCUCAACCAGCUUCACCUGGAAUGCUUCUCCAACAGUCUUGAAGGAGUUCCCACAUAUGCUGAGCACUUGUUCCCACGGGGGGCCAGUAUAUAAAAAAAAAAAAUAUAUAUAUGUAUUCACUAACUGUAAGUCGCUCUGGAUAAGAGCGUCUGCUAAAUGACGUAAAUGUAAUGUAAAUGUUGUUGGCUGCUUUUCCUUCACUCUGCGAUCCAACUCAUCCUAAACCAUCUCAAUUGGGUUGAGGUCGGGUGAUUGUGGAGGCCAGGUCAUCUGAUGCAGCACUCCAUCACUCUCCUUCUUGGUCAAAUAGCCCUUACACAGCCUGGAGGUGUGUUGGGUCAUUGUCCUGCUGAAACAAAAAUGAUAGUCCCACUAAGCGUAAACCAGAUGGGAUGGCGUAUCGCUGCAGAAUGCUGUGGUAGCCAUGCUGGUAAAGUCUGCCUUGAAUUCUAAAAACCAUCACACCUCCUCCUCCAUGCUUCACGGUGGUAACCACACAUGCAGAGAUCAUCCAUUCACCUACUCUGCGUCUCACAAAGACACGGCGGUUGGAACCAAAAAUCUCAAAUUUGGACUCAUCAGACCAAAGGACAGAUUUCCACCGGUCUAAUGUCCAUUGCUCGUGUUUCUUGACUCAAGCAUGUCUCAUCUUAUUAUUGGUGUCCUUUAGUAGUGGUUUCUUUGCAGCAAUUCGACCACGAAGGCCUGAUUCACGCAGUCUCCUCUGAACAGUUGAUGUUGAGAUGUGUCUGUUACUUGAACUCUAUGAAUCAUUUAUUUGGGCUGCAAUUUCUGAGGCUGGUAACUCUAAUUAACUUAUCCUAUGCAGCAGAGGUAACUCUGGGUCUUCCUUUCCUGUGGCGGUCCUUAUGAGAGUCAGUUUCAAAAUAGCGCUUGAUGGUUUUUGCGACUGCACUUGAAGAAACUUCUUGAAAUUUAGUAGAGUUAACUGUGUUGAUUGUCUCUGUACUGUGUAGUAGAGUUAACUGUGUUGUUUUUGCUAGAUGUGUCUGUGUGCUGUGUGUGAUGAGGUGGCGUGGAGGAGAUGCAGUCUGACUCAUGUGGGGCCGGCGGGGUUGGUCAUUCAGAGACAGGCAGCGCUGUGAGGCUCCUAACAGACUGUUUGUCUGCUGCUGCAUGAAAGGCCUCUGUCUCCAGAGUGGCCUGGUGAUUUCUGUCUCUGAACCCACCACUGUCAGGUCUGAUUGCAUGCUCUGAGCCCCCGCUAAAGAAUACUCCCUUCCUUCACCUGCUCCACCCUCAAACCUCCUCCUCUCUCCCCCUUCCUUCUCCUACUCCAGCCUCCAACCCCUUCCUCUCUCCCCCUUCCUUCUCCUACUCCACCCUCCAACCCCCCCCUCUCUCCCCCUCUACCCACUGAGGAGGCAGGGCUAGUAGUACUGUGGCUGGGUGAAGUCUGGAGACAUUAGAUUCCAUCAUAGAGGGCUAUGGAGGUCUAUCUGUCCAUCUCUCUCUAGGUCAUGAUUAGCAGUUGAAAGGUCAGAGGUUAUAGGUUGUGUGUUUCCUGUAUGUGCAGUAACUCAGGUCUGUGCUUUCCUCCUGUCUUGGUCCUCCCAGGCAGCAAGCAUGAGGACGGUACCCAGAGUGACUCUGAGAACGGGAUUGGCCUGCGCUGCGACAGCCGGCGUCUGGCUGUGGAGGAGAGGCUGAGGUCGGCGCAGGGAGGACAGGGGGGUCAGGGAGGACAGAGGGGUCAGGGGGGCCGGACCAACAGGACUACUUUCAUGAUCGAAUUCUACGACGAUGACAACCCCCGCAAGCGACGCUCCUACUCCUUCUCCCAGACUGCACCGCUGCUCAGGGGCGCGGCCGGGGAGGCUCUGUGCCCCACACCCCCCUCCCACUCUAAGGCCCCCACCAUGACCACAGCCAGUGACUUCAGUAAGGCCCCGUUAUCAGCGGCCCUGAUAGCGGGAGCCCCCACGGCCGCUCGAGUGCUGAUGAAGCAGCGGUCUGAGGACCACAGCAUAGGGAGGAGCUCGGUCAGUGCAGGCCACAUGACCACUGAGCCCAGCCCCAGUGAGGAGGGUCAGAGGACCCCUCGGUCCCAGGAGGACAGGGAGCAGGAGGACGACCAGAGUGAUAAGGGAACCUACACCAUCGAGCUGGAGAACCGCAACCCUGAGGAGGAGGAGGCAAGGCGCAUGAUAGACAAGGUAUGGUCAGCUUUCUGAUGUAUAUUCACAGUCAGCUCAAGGAUUUAUCAUUGUGGGUUGGGUUGCUGUGAAAAACGUAAGGAAUACGAAUGUUAUUUUAUUUUUUAUAUUAUCUGAAUUGCAUGUAGGAAAGCUGACUUGGUUUGAAUGUAAGAAUGGCCAAGUUCUACGUGUCUUGAAUUAACGUAAUUUAAUUAACUUUAUUGAGCAGGGCAUUCAAAGGGCAUGUUAUUUUUCUUCAGUUUUCUGAAAUAUCCGCCCACUAAGCAUGCUGAGCAUUUGAGCUGUAAUGAUCUGUCAUAAUGAUUUAUUACAUCGCUAUUUUCCAAAUGAAAAGCAUUUGACUAUGUCCUCUGAUCCUCUGUGACCCAUGGGUAAAGGGAAAUUGGAUUUCAUUUUGUAAUGUAUUUAAUUUCCAACUGAAUGUGGUCAUUACGAGACUAUUUAAAAUACAAUUACAAUAUGUAAUCUAAAAAUCCUUUCAAAUUUUUGUACACUGAAGGUCUUGAUCAGGCACUUUCACUAAUACACACAUUUUCAAUGGUAUAGAAAUAAAGAGAUGUUACUGUUAGGAUUAGGAAAUGGUAUGUCUCACCCUGAGAUGGAGAUCUAUUUCCCUCAAGUCUCUCUGUUCUAAUUAGGAUUAGCUCAUUUGAACAGCCAUACACAUUGAGAGUGGGCUAUCAUACACUCUUAGAAAAAAGGUGCUAUCUAGAACCUAAAAGGGUUCUUCGGCUGUCCCCAUAGUAGAACCCUUUUUGGCUGGCACAAUCCAGUGUAACAGCUGCCAUCAUUAAAAAACACAAUUAAAACCACAUAAGACUCAUUCAUAAAUCCUUUAAAGGAAUAAUCCACUCAAAAAUUAUAUUUUUGUAUUUUUUUCAUUAGUCCACUGUUCAUACAGUCCCAAAAUGUUUUGCAUGUCAGCAAUCAAGCUGUCAAGAUAUAAGUACAUUUGAACUUGCCACAUCAUCAUGCGUUUUUCAUCAUAUGAUGCAUUUUGCAUCAUCAUGUGGCAAGUUACAAUUAGCUUUUUGAAAGUCCAAUAUCUUGAAAACUUGAUUGCUGACAUGCAAAACAUUUUGGGACUGUACCCCUUUAAAAGAACCCUUUUGGGUUCCCUUUCCACAGAGGGUUCUACAUAAAACCAAAAAGGGUUCUACCUUGAACCAAAAAUAGUUAUCCUAUUGGGACAGCCAAAUAACCCUUUUGGAAGCUUUUUUCUAAGAGUGUAGUGCUCAGUCUGAUCACAGCAUGCCAUGUUACAUACUGCUGUAGAGCUAAUCUAAUGGGCUCCAAAUGGCAUUUUGAGGCUCACCAUCAAGCUCUCUCCAUGAUUCGAUAGUGCUCCAGGGAUUUGCUCAUGUUACAACUACCUGCAUGCUUUCUCAUGCUGAAUGAAAAUAUUUCUAAAAGGGAAAGUCUCGGAAGUAGAGAAGGGUUUACUGCUGGGGCGGGGCUUAAGAUUCCCCCAAAUAAACUCAGUUUAAACUCUUAAACAUGUAGCCCUGAUAUGUAAAAUUUGAAUUCAUUAAACAUGUAUAUGGGACUUAAAAUAUGGUAUUUGGGGCCUGGAUUGAGGGGAGUGGGUUGGGGGGGGGCAGGCAUUGGUUGUCAGUUUUAUGUAGAGCUUAGACUGGGUAGUCUUCUCUAAACUAGAAGUGUGAUUAUGGUAAUUCCUAUAAUUAGCUAACACACUAAUUGGCACACUGCUCCCUGUCUUUCUACAUGGCUGUAAUGUGUGUUGUUUCCAGUGCCGUUACCAUAGCACUGGCCUUGUGUGGAUGUAUGAAGUGUGUGGGGCAGUGCUUUAAUCCAACUGGCCCUCAUGUUGGUCCAAUAUCAGCCACCUUUGUCUAUGGAGUAGACUACACUGAAAAGUCAUGUAGCCCUUUAUUACCUUGAUACUCAGGUGUUUGGGGUGGAGCAGAACCAGGAUCCGUCUGUCUCAGGACCAGUAGAACUCCAACAGGGAGGAGGAGGAGGGAAGGAGAGGAAGGCCACAGAGACGGGAGAAAGUGUGAAACCAAGCUGCCUUCCAUCCAAGGUAAAACACCCCUUCCAUAGAGACAAUAAUGAUUACACCCAAUCUCAUCAUCUCAUCAUAGUCACCAGGCUACCAAAACCUGAUAGCAUGUAUCUCAUUCAGUGACGUGAUGCUUGAGAAAUGGAACCAUCACUGAGAUUCAUUAUUAUGGCCCUGACAUACUUGGGUAGAGUCACUCGCUGUCUCUUUCCCUGACCCUCAGAUUCCUUCUCAGGGACGGGACAGCCUCUGAAGACCAUUGUUUAAAUUUUCUGAGGAGAAUGAUGCACAAACCACCCACUGGACACACAGUGGUUGAAUCAAUGUUGUUUCCACGUAUUGUCAAUGAAAUUACGUGGAACCAUUGUGGAAUAGACGUUGAAUUUGACGGCUGUGCCCAGUGGGCAGGAAUGAGAGGCAGAGAUCACAAAAAGUGACCAAUGCUAGUGCUGAUUUCCUCAUAACAGAGCAAAAGAAGCCUGUCUAAAGAGGCCUAUGUAUACUGAACAAAAAUAUAAACGCAACAUGCAACAAUUCAUAGAAGGAAAUCAGUCAAUUGAAAUAAAUUCAUUAGGCCCUAAUCUCUGGAUUUCACAUGACUGGGCAGGGGCGCAGCCAUGGGCGGGCCUGGGAGGGCAUAGGCCCACCCACUGGGGAGCCAGGCCCAGCCAAUCGGAAUGAGUUUUUCCCCACAAAAGGGCUUUAUUACAGACAGAAAUACACCUCAGCACCCCACCUCCCCUCAGACGAUCCCGCAGUUGCAGAAGCCGGAUGUGAAGGUCCUGGGCUGGCGUUGUUACACGGGGUCUGUGGUUGUGAGGCUGGUUGGACGUAUUGCCAAAUUCUCUUAAACAACAUUGGAGGCGGCUUAUGGCAGAGAAAUUAACAUUCAAUUCUCUGGCAACAGCUCGGUUGGACAUUCCUGCAGUCAGCAUGCCAAUUGAACGCUCUCUAAAAACUUGAGACAUCUGUGGCAUUGUGUUGUGUGACAAAACUGCACAUUUUAGAGUGGCCUUUUAUUGUCCCCAGCACAAGGUGCACCUGUAUAAUGAUUAUGCUGUUUAAUCAGCUUCUUGAUAUGCCACACCUGUCAGGUGGAUGGAGUAUCUUGGCAAAGGAUAAAUGCUAACUAACAGGGAUGUAAACAAAUUUGCGCACACAAUUUGAGAGAAAUAAGCUUUUUGUGCAUAUAGAACAUUUCUGGGACCUUUUAUUUCAGCUCAUGAAGCAUGGGACCAACACUUUACAUGUUGCAUUUAUAUUUUUGUUCAGUAUAUUUACAGUUGACCAGUUUCUCACAGGAGGAUAAUAAUCCUGCAGCAACAGGAAAUGUGAAUUAUUGUGUGGAUUAUAAUGAAUGGACAUUUUUGUAGGAGUUUAUACAUUUUUAGUUGGUGCAAAGGAAGUCUGACAUUUUAAAGUGGAAAUUACAAACUUUAGAAUCCUUUUUAAAACGUGAAUGCCCUACAGAAAAUGUCCUGCAACAACAGGGUGAUCAAAUUAAUAUCAUACAUCUGUACUAUAAACAUAGGAAAGCAAGAGCUCCAGAUUGCAUUAAGAUGACUCUGUUGGAAGGGGAGUAGUGGAGUGUCAGCCAAGCACUCCCCGCUUCCUUGUUAUUCACAGAGUAGGCCACUCAGUGUCUGACCUAGUUCAUAGAGAGAUGAGAAAGGAUGCUCUGUCCCCUCCUGGCAAGUUCUAUACAAGCACAAGGGGAGGAAGGAGACUGUAUAUAGUCUACAACAGUCUAGUAUAGUCCACAAUAGUCUAGUAUAGUCUACAACGGUAUAGUAUAGUCUACAACGGUAUAGUAUAGUCUACAACAGUAUGGUAUAGUCCUCAACAGUCUAGUAUAGUCUACAACAGUAUGGUAUAGUCCUCAACAGUCUGGUAUAGUCUACAACAGUCUAGUAUAGUCCACAACAGUCUAGUAUAGUCUACAACAGUCUAGUAUAGUCUACAACAGUCUAGUAUAGUCUACGACAGUCUAGUAUAGUCUACAAUAGUCUACAACAGUCUAGUAUAGUCUACAACAGUCUGGUAUAGUCUACAACAGUCUGGUAUAGUCCACAACAGUCUAGUAUAGUCCACGACAGUCUAGUAUAGUCUACAAUAGUCUACAACAGUCUAGUAUAGUCUACAACAGUCUGGUAUAGUCCACAACAGUCUAGUAUAGUCUACAACAGUCUAGUAUAGUCUACAACCGUCUGGUAUAGUCUACAACAGUCUAGUAUAGUCUACAACAGUCUAGUAUAGUCUACAACAGUCUAGUACAGUCUACAACAGUCUAGUAUAGUCUACAAAGUCUAUCUGAUAUAUAUUGGGAUCCAUUUGUGGUCGGUGCCGUUUAAGAUGAGGGAGGACGAUCAUUUAUUUUUUAUGAACAUGGCCUUAUUUCUAUUACAGCAUAUUGGAUGACUGUCAUUCAUAUUCCAUUCACCCAGUUCAAUGUAACAUCGAUAGGUUUAGGCUACGACAUGAUACUCAAAUCUUCCCUAUACACAUCAUAAGGUUGCUACAACCUAGCCUAUGAAUGAAAGUUUACAACGUAGGUGCACACAGGUUGAGAGAAAGAUUUGAGGUAUUUAGCGUCUCCAUCAUUCCUUCAAUUCUGACCAGUUUCCCAGUCCCUGCCGAUGAAAAACAUCCCCACAGCAUGAUGCUGCCACCACCAUGCUUCACUGUGGGCGGCCCUCUCUUGGCAGGUUUGUUGUAGUGCCAUAUUCUUUCAAUUUUUUAAUAAUAGAUUUAAUGGUGCUCCGUGGGAUGUUCAAAGUUUCUGAUAUUUUUUUAUAACCCAACCCUGAUCUGUACUUCUCCACAACUUGAAUAUGAUAACUCCUCAGGCUCAUCACUUAAACAUAAGACCAUUCGGAAGUGAACAAAUGGCAGAAGAGUUGUCGUCUGUGUUCUCCGCUACAUGUGAAUACUCCCUCCAGCUCUAGGUGACCAGUAGCAGCGAUCCGGUUGAUUUGCUAGGUUAACUGUAGUCUUUUCCCACAGCCGCUGUUUCUCUAAAUGAGUCUGACAAGAGACUAGGCUAACUGUGUCUGCGCUCUCUUCUCUCCUGUCAGAGUAUGUCUGAGGACCCGGUGGCAGUGGGCAGUAGUCACUGGGUGUCUCAGUGGGCCAGUCCAGCUGCUAACAACACCAGAACCGACCCAGAGGGGUCUGGUGCGGAGUCACCUGCCUUCGUCCAUCAGCAGAGAGGUACAGUAGGGCUCCUAUAUUUACCAAAAUCAGGCUAAUGUGGAUCUGCAUCAGUCUUAGCUAAGGUGUAUUUUCUUCACAUAAUGGCACUAAAUUACUAUGGUUGAGUUGGGUGCAAUAUUUAUUUAAUUUGAUUAAGAAAUGUAGCUUUACUAUUUCUUCCAGAAGCGGAUGCCUUUGAGUCGGGCGUGUCCAUCCGAAGCGCCAGCUCUGCCACCUCCAGUCUCACCGAGCGUAAACGCAGGACCCUCCCCCAGCUCCCCAUCGACGACCCCCGGGCCAAGCCAGGGAAGAGCUUGUGUGGCCUGGGCCUGCAUCGCUCAGAGAUCGGGGAGAAACAGGACACGGAGCCCCAGGAGAAGGAGAGGCAGGUGGAGCAUAAAGGAGUCGGGGCGUGCUUCACCUCCAUAGAGGAGGGGGAUAUGAUGAACCAGACCAAGGCCCCGCUACAGGCAUCCUCCAAGCCCUCUCUCAGACCUAUGAGCAGCAGUGAGAAGAGGUCAGAGGAGAGGAGGAGGCGGGCGGAGGACAGGAUUCAGCACCAUAGCAAAGGAGGAGGGGACGGGGGGGAGAGGUCAGGGGUCAAGCCCCUGGUCCGCCAGGGCAGCUUCACCAUCGAGAAGCCCAGUGGUGUGGUGCCCAUCGAGCUGAUCCCUCGGAUCAAAGGUGGUGCCGGUGCCCUGGGCCACGAGCGCAGCAUGGACACAGCCACCCUGCUGAAGGACACAGAGGCUGUCAUGGCCUUCCUGGAGGCCAAGCUGAGGGACGAGAACAAGCUGGACAGAGCCAAACGGGCAGGCUCCAUCUCCCCUGAGUCAGACGUGGACACGGCCAGCACCUACAGCCAGGCAGCAGGAGAGGGAGAGAAGAAAGCAGCCCACCAGAAACGCCGCUCCCUCAGCAGCCUGCACAAGGAGAAGAGCCACCUGAGCUCAUCCUCCAAAACCGCUGCCAGCACCAACGCCCGCGAGCGCCUGGAGAGAAAAACCAAAACCAGCCGGCCAGAUGCCCGCCGCUCCGUCCAGCCUGCCUCCUCGCGGGCACGCCAACCCUCCCAGGACCUCACAGAUGACGACCAGACCUCUUCCUUCCCCAUCUCUGACAUCCUCUCCUCUGACCAGGAGAGUUUGUAUAGUCGCUCGCACGGCCGCAGCCACUUCACCUCUACUGAUGACCUGCUACAUUCCAAACUGGAGGCCAAAUCCAGCAGCAAGACCAGCUCCAGUAAGACCAGUAAGACCCUCCAGGCCGCCACAGCUUCCUCCCUGGGGAAACAGGCCUCUCUGCCCCAGCCACGGCCUACCAGAACCUCCCUGCUCCGCCGGGCCCGGCUGGGGGACACAUCCGACACGGACCUGCCCGAUACAGACAGGAUGUCUGUGGCCUCCGAGGUGUCCACCACCAGUUCCACAUCCAAGCCUCCAUCCGGUCGUAAAACCACCUCGCGGCUAGACAUGCUGGCCCAGCCCAGGAGGACGCGGCUGGGCUCCAUCUCUGCCCGUAGUGACUCAGAGUGUAUAGUGGGCCGGAGCAACACCUCCUCCCCUCGCCUGUCUGCAGAGACCGCCCUGCGCCUGGGCCUCCGCUCCUCCACCCCCACCGACAACAAACUGGCUCAUCGCAUGAGGGCCAACAGUGUGUCCAAGCUGACCGAGGCCAAGGCCAGAAUCAGCUCCUCCGUCCACAGCACUCCCUCAGGUGAGAUCAUGUUCUCAUCUCCUUGUUCAUGUGUGUGUUGUGGUCAGUGUUUGUCCUUGUCCGUGUGUGUGUUGUGGUCAGUAUUUGUCCUUGUCCGUGUGUGUGUUGUGGUCAGUGUUUGUCCUUGUCCAUGUGUGUGUUGUGGUCAGUGUUUGCCCUUGUCUCUGUGUGUGUUGUGGUCAGUGUUUGUCCUUGUCCAUGUGUGUGUUGUGGUCAGUGUUUGUCCUUGUCUCUGUGUGUGUUGUGGUCAGUGUUUGUCCUUGUCUCUGUGUGUGUUGUGGUCAGUGUUUGUCCUUGUCCGUGUGUGUGUUGUGGUCAGUGUUUGUCCUUGUCCAUGUGUGUGUUGUGGUCAGUAUUUGUCCUUGUCCGUGUGUGUGUUGUGGUCAGUGUUUGUCCUUGUCCGUGUGUGUGUUGUGGUCAGUAUUUGUCCUUGUCUCUGUGUGUGUUGUGGUCAGUAUUUGUCCUUGUCUCUGUGUGUGUUGUGGUCAGUGUAAAUCACUCUCAUUGUCUGAGUCCUGUUCAGAGAGCCCUCAGCCUGAGCCUGAGCCUGACCCUUCAGAGGAGGAGCUCAUGGGUACUGUACCAAAGAGAGCUCUGUGUGUUUAGUGUGUGUGUGUGGUGUGGUGGUGUUUAGUGUGUGUGUGUGUGUGUGGUGUGGUGGUGUUUAGUGUGUGCUCCCUCCCCUCAAUCUGCCACUACAAUGAUGAGCCUAAUGCUGUACUCCAACCUUAAAACUUAUUGGAACUGUCUAAGUCAGUUAGACUUAGUUAGCCUAAACCAGGGCUCUCCAACCCUGUUCCCGGAGAGCUACCGUCCUGUAGGUUUUCACUCCAACCCUGUUCCCGGAGAGCUACCGUCCUGUAGGUUUUCACUCCAACCCUGUUCCCGGAGAGCUACCGUCCUGUAGGUUUUCACUCCAACCCUGUUCCCGGAGAGCUACCGUCCUGUAGGUUUUCACUCCAACCCUGUUCCCGGAGAGCUACCGUCCUGUAGGUUUUCCACUCCAACCCUGUUCCCGGAGAGCUACCGUCCUGUAGGUUUUCACUCCAACCCUGUUCCCGGAGAGCUACCGUCCUGUAGGUUUUCACUCCAACCCUGUACCCGGAGAGCUACCGUCCUGUAGGUUUUCACUCCAACCCUGUACCCGGAGAGCUACCGUCCUGUAGGUUUUCACUCCAACCCUGUUCCCGGAGAGCUACCGUCCUGUAGGUUUUCACUCCAACCCUGUUCCCGGAGAGCUACCGUCCUGUAGGUUUUCACUCCAACCCUGUUCCCGGAGAGCUACCGUCCUGUAGGUUUUCACUCCAACCCUGUUCCCGGAGAGCUACCGUCCUGUAGGUUUUCACUCCAACCCUGUUCCCGGAGAGCUACCGUCCUGUAGGUUCACUCCAACCCUGUUCCUGGAGAGCUACCGUCCUGUAGGUUUUCACUUCAACUCUAAUCUAGCACACCUGAUUCUAAUAAUUAGCUGGUUGAUAAGCUGAACCAGGUUAGUUACAACUGGGGUUGGAGCGAAAACCUACAGGAGGGUUGCUCUCCAGGAACAGGGUUGGAGAGCCCUGAUCUAAAUACUAUGGCCACAAGUUUCAAAUUGGCUAGAAGUGACAUUGUUAUUGGCCAAAAGCUGACUGAUCUUUUAGUGAAUAUUAAUUGGCGAUACAGAGCCAAACAGAUUAAGCCACUUGUUACUGAGGGAAUCUAACCUCAUUGCUGAUGCAAGACAUGAGCAAUGUUGUGAUCAGCACUGGGCUCUGUUGUUUAGGGACUUGUCAUGUAGUUAUUAAUAUGUUAUUACAGUGAAUCCAAUUGAUAUAUUUGAAAUCUAGAGAGAGUGCAUUUGGUCAACACUGUCCAGGAUACAUUUGGCGCAGAGGUGAGUUUGUAAGAAACAAUGGCUUAAUAUGUUCUCCAAGAUGUCCAUCCCUUCCUGUUUGAUGCUUGGGUAAGGGGGCGCCAGAUGACCAUCCCUUCCUGUUUGAUGCUUGGGUAAUGGGGGCCAGAUGAUCAUCCCUUCCUGUUUGAUGCUUGGGUAAUGGGGCGCCAGAUGACCAUCCCUUCCUGUUUGAUGCUUGGGUAAUGGGGCGCCAGAUGACCAUCCCUUCCUGUUUGAUGCUUGGGUAAUGGGGCGCCAGAUGACCAUCCCUUCCUGUUUGAUGUUUGGGUAAUGGGGCGCAAGAUGACCAUCCCUUCCUGUUUGAUGCUUGGGUAAUAGGGCGCAAGAUGACCAUCCCUUCCUGUUUGAUGCUUGGGUAAUGGGGCGCCAGAUGACCAUCCCUUCCUGUUUGAUGCUUGGGUAAUGGGGCGCCAGAUGACCAUCCCUUCCUGUUUGAUGUUUGGGUAAUGGGGCGCAAGAUGACCAUCCCUUCCUGUUUGAUGCUUGGGUAAUGGGGCGCAAGAUGACCAUCCCUUCCUGUUUGAUGCUUGGGUAAUGGGGCGCCAGAUGACCAUCCCUUCCUGUUUGAUGCUUGGGUAAUGGGGCGCCAGAUGACCAUCCCUUCCUGUUUGAUGUUUGGGUAAUGGGGCGCAAGAUGACCAUCCCUUCCUGUUUGAUGCUUGGGUAAUGGGGCGCAAGAUGACCAUCCCUUCCUGUUUGAUGCUUGGGUAAUGGGGCGCCAGAUGACCAUCCCAUCCUGUUUGAUGCUUGGGUAAUGGGGCGCCAGAUGACCAUCCCUUCCUGUUUGAUGCUUGGGUAAUGGGGCGCCAGAUGACCAUCCCUUCCUGUUUGAUGCUUGGGUAAUGGGGCGCCAGAUGUCCAUCCCUUCCUGUUUGAUGCUUGGGUAAUUUUUAUUUAUUUUUUACCUUUAUUUAACCAGGUAAGCCAGUUGAGAACAAGUUCUCAUUUACAACUGCGACUUGGCCAAGAUAAAGCAAAGCAGUGCGAUAAAAACAACAACACAGAGUUACAUAUGGGGUAAAACAAAACAUAGAGUCAAAAAUACUACAGAAAAUAUAUAUACAGUGUGUGCAAAUGUAGCAAGUUAUGGAGGUAAGGCAAUAAAUAGGCUAUAGUGCAAAAUAAUUACAAUUAGUAUUAACACUGGAAUGAUAGAUGUGCAAGAGAUGAUGUGCAAAUAGAGAUACUGGGGUACAAAUGAGCAAAAUAAAUAACAAUAUAGGGAUGAGGUAGUUGGGCGGGCUAAUUUCAGAUGGGCUGUGUACAGGUGCAGUGAUCGGUAAGGUGCUCUGACAACUGAUGCUUAAAGUUAGUGAGGGAGAUAAGUGUCUCCAGCUUCAGAGAUUUUUGCAAUUUGUUCCAGUCAUUGGCAGCAGAGAACUGGAAGGAAUGGCGGCCAAAGGAGGUGUUGGCUUUGGGGAUGACCAGUGAGAUAUACCUGCUGGAGCGCAUACUACGGGUGGGUGUUGCUAUGGUGACCAAUGAGCUAAGAUAAGGCGUGGAUUUGCCUAGCAGUGAUUUAUAGAUGGCCUGGAGCCAGUGGGUGUCACGAUCGUCUUCAAAAUGAGCGGACCAAGGCGCAGCGUGAUAAGCGUACAUACUUUAUAUUAAAGAAGCGCACACACGAAAACGAAACAAAACACGAUCGUAACGUCCUCAGUGACAAAAACACGGAACACUGGCACACAGCAACAACAGGAACAUGGAACAAAAACCCACAAACACAAGGUGAAAACACACAGAAUAAAUAUGGCUCCCAAUCAGAGAUAACGAGCCGACAGCUGACACUCGUUACCUCCGAUUGGGAGUCACCAGACCAAUCACCACAAAACACAAACAAAUGAAACACACCCAUACCCAACACCACCAAAUGAAAUACACUCUGGCUCUAAUUACACAGUCCCGGAGCCAGAGUGUGACAGUACCCCCCCCCCAAAGGCGCGGACUCCGACCGCGCCUAACCCAAAAAAUGGGGAGGGCUGGGUGGGUGUUACUCCACGGAGGCGGCUCUGGCACUGGUCGUGGUCCCCACCCCACCAUAGUCACUACCCACUUAAGUAGCCUCCUCCUACUGACCACCCUACCACUUAACCCCACUGGAUUAAGGGGCAGCACCGGACCAAGAGGCAGCACCAAACUAAGGGGCAGCACCGGACUAAGGGGCAGCACCGGACUAAGGGGCAGCACCGGACUAAGGGGCAGCACCAGGAUAAGUGGCAGCACCAGGAUAAGGGGCAGCACCAGGAUAAGGAUCAGCACCGAGCUAAGGGGCAGCACCGGACUAAAUGGCGGAUCCUGGCUGGCUGGCUCUGGCGGAUCCUGGCUGGCUGGCGGAUCCUGGCUGGACGGCUCUGGCGGAUCCCGGCUGGACGGCUCUGGCGGAUCCCGGCUGGACGGCUCUGGCGUAUCCCGGCUGGACGGCUCUGGCGGAUCCCGGCUGGACGGCUCUGGCGGAUCCCGGCUGGACGGCUCUGGCGGAUCCCGGCUGGACGGCUCUGGCGGCUCCCGGCUGGACGGCUCUGGCGGAUCCCGGCUGGACGGCUCAUGGCUGGCUGACGGAUCUGGCUGCUCAUGGCUGGCUGACGGAUCUGGCUGCUCAUGGCUGGCUGACGGAUCUGGCUGCUCAUGGCUGGCUGACGGAUCUGGCUGCUCAUGGCUAGCUGACGGAUCUGGCUGCUCAUGGCUAGCUGACGGAUCUGGCUGCUCAUGGCUAGCUGACGGAUCUGGCUGCUCAUGGCUGGCUGACGGAUCUGGCUGCUCAUGGCUGGCUGACGGAUCUGGCUGCUCAUGGCUGGCUGACGGAUCUGGCUGCUCAUGGCUGGCUGAAGGCUCUGGCUGAUCCUGUCUGGCGGAAGGCUCUGGCUGAUCCCGUCUGGCAGAAGGCUCUGGCUGAUCCUGUCUGGCAGAAGGCUCUGGCUGAUCCUGUCUGGCAGAAGGCUCUGGCUGAUCCUGUCUGGCGGAAGGCUCUGGCUGAUCCUGUCUGGCGGAAGGCUCUAGCGGCUCCGGUCUGGCGGACGGCUCUGAUGGCUCAUGGCAGACGGGCGGCUUUGCAGGCUUUGGGCAGACGGGCAGUUCAGGCCCCGUUGGGCAGACGGCAGACCCUGGCCGUCUGAGGCGCACCGUAGGCCUGGUGCGUGGUGCCGGAACUGGAGGUACCGGGCUGAGGACACGCAUCUCAGGGCUAGUGCGGGGAGAAGCAACAGGGCAUGCUGGACCCUGGGGACGCACAUACGGCCUAGUGCGUGGUGCCGGAACUGGUGGUCCCGGGCUGAGGACACGCAUCUCAGGGCUAGUGCGGGGAGUAGCAACAGGGCAUGCUGGACCCUGGGGACGCACAUACGGCCUAGUACGUGGUGCCGGAACUGGUGGUCCCUGGCUGAGGACACGCAUCUCAGGGCUAGUGCGGGGAGCAGCAACAGGACGCACAGGACUCUGGGGACACACAGGAGGCUUGGUGCGAAUAGCAGGAACGGGCUGGACCAGGCUGGCGACUCGCACCCCUGGUUUGGUGCGAGUGGCAGGAACAGGCCGGGCCGGGCUGGCGACGCAUACCGUUGGCUUCGAACGUGGCACAGGAACCGGCCGGGCUGGGCUGGCGACGCACACCGUAGGUUUCCUACGUGGCGCAGGAACAGGCCGGGCUGGGCUGGCGACGCACACCGUGGGCUUGAUGCGUGGAGUAACAACAGGCCGGUCCGUACUGGGAACACACACCACUGGCCUUAACCGGGGCUCAGGAACGGGCCGGACCGGACUGGUAACACACCUCAGUCUCUCACGCCGUGCCACAACAACUUCCCUCCCUCUACUCGCCAAUGGCUCCCGUACUCCGAUAGCCUUCUCUCCACGUCUACCUGUGGCAGCCUCCUGCUGCCCAGCUGCCCAAGCCAUGUGCCCCCCCCAAAAAAUUUCUUGGGGUUGCCUCUCGUCCACGGGCUUCCAGCCUCGCCUCCGUGCUGCCUCCUCAUACCACCUCCUCUCGGCUUUGGCUGCCUCCAGCUCUUCACGAGGGCGGCGAUAUUCUCCCGGUUGUGCCCAAGGACCCUUUCCAUCCAAUAUCUCCUCCCAUGUCCAUGAAUCCUUGACAGGUGGAUACUGUUGCCGCUUGACACGCCGCUUGGUCCUUUGAUGGUGGGUUUUUCUGUCACGAUCGUCUUCAAAAUGAGCGGACCAAGGCGCAGCGUGAUAAGCGUACAUACUUUAUAUUAAAGAAGCGCACACACGAAAACGAAACAAAACACGAUCGUAACGUCCUCAGUGACAAAAACACGGAACACUGGCACACAGCAACAACAGGAACAUGGAACAAAAACCCACAAACACAAGGUGAAAACACACAGAAUAAAUAUGGCUCCCAAUCAGAGAUAACGAGCCGACAGCUGACACUCGUUACCUCCGAUUGGGAGUCACCAGACCAAUCACCACAAAACACAAACAAAUGAAACACACCCAUACCCAACACCACCAAAUGAAAUACACUCUGGCUCUAAUUACACAGUCCCGGAGCCAGAGUGUGACAGUGGGUUUGGCGACUAAUAUGUAGUGAGGACCAGCCAACAAGAGCGUACAGGUCACAGUGGUGGGUAGUAUAUGGGGCUUUGGAGACAAAACGGAUGGCACUGUGAUAGACUACAUCCAAUUUGCUGAGUAGAGUGUUGGAGGCUAUUUUGUAAAUGACAUCGCCAAAGUCAAGGAUCGGUAGGAUAGUCAGUUUUAUGAGGGCAUGUUUGGCAGCAUGAGUGAAGGAGGCUUUGUUGCGAAAUAGGAAACCGAUUCUAGAUUUAACUUUGGUAAUGGGGCGCCAGAUGACCAUCCCUUCCUGUUUGAUACUUGGGUAAUGGGGCGCCAUCGUUGGAUGCUUUUGUUGUCUGUCAGCUGACGGAAUCAGUCUGACUUUUUAACUGGUGUUUAUCAUUGUUCCUAAUAAUGACAUUAUUAACACGAACUCGUCAAAUGAUAGCCUUUCAUUUCAGAUAGUCUCGAAAUUGCAUCAUUUAUAUUAGUUGCAUCAUUAUGGAAAUAGAACACCUUCAACUGAAAAGCCUACAAACUAUUACGAACACGAUGGUGUUCUCUAUUUUACUCUACGACCCCCACAAGUGUCACGGGACUCGUCUGAAGGUAACCCAUACAAAUGAAUGGAAGUAUGGAGGUAGUUUUGUGACAACAAAAGUAAGGGGUUAAAUAUGUGUCCAAAAAAACAAAAAUAUUUCCUGAGCUUUCUUAUAUCUCCUAGAUAGAGGACAGACACUUCAAAAUGAAUGUGUUAUUCAAUGCGUUUCUAUGGGCUAUAGUAGUAAAGGCCAAUGUGAGCAUCCGGUGCUUUCUGAAUGACUGAAAUGACCUCAAAUGCAACACAAUUAUGUCUUGAUAACGGUAUCUUUCUCCCUGACCUUAGCGUCUAACAGGUGGAGACGGCUGCCCCCAGAGUAUGGAUCCACCUCCGAGGAGGAGUUUGGCUCCAACAGGAACUCCCCCAAACCCGGGCGCACCCUGCGCCCACACCCGGUCCUGAGGGGUACCACCAGCAGGCUUAACUCUGGUCAGGAUAGCCCUGGAGGCGUGGUCCUCAAACACCGCAUGAGAGAACAACAGGAGGAGUACGUCAAGGACUGGAGUGCUCACAGCGAGGAGAUCGCCAGGUACUCAUCUACUGAAACGUAUACAUACUCACACAUGCAUACACACGACUGCAUGGGUACACACACACAAACACACAGAAAAUAACCCACCUACUUUUACUCAUUCAUAUUACAAAUAUUUGUAUUUUAAUCCACAAGGAAGCUCAGUUCAGUUUAUAUGCCUCAUGGACAUGGCACAAUUGGUAAAUAUGAUCUGGAGAUGCGGCAGCCCAAGGAAUAGGUUAGUGUUUUCUCUCUCAUUAAACAACUGUUAUCUUUAGUUAGUCCACUCUAACUGAGGUGCUCUGUUUUGUCAAGCUGUAAUAAAUGGUUCCCAACUCACUUGGUACUUUCACAUAGUAUGAUGUUCAUGAGAUUGAACCAUCCCAUUGGGCAAAAACUAGUUGAAUCAACGUUGUUCCUACAAAAAAAGUUACAUGUGAUAACGUUGAAUCAACGUGGAAAACUGAUUGGAUUUUUUCAGUCAUCAACGUAAGGGAAUAUCCUCUUUUUUUCACCCAAGCUAUAACUUAAAUGACAUGGUGAAAUGUUUUGUUGAGUUCACGUUGAAUUCAUGUCAGUUGACAACUCAACCAAAUGUAAAUCAAAACUAGACGUUGAACUGACAUACAGUAUGUGCCCAGUGGGAUGCCACCUUAGAAAUACAGCUCCUUCAUGGGAAGGCUGGCUUCUCGUCAGCCACGGUCUCUCCUCUCUCCCCUGCACCCUUCCUCAGCCUGCAUAUCUUCCACUUGACCUAGUAGUCACAGGGUGACUGAACUGGGCAGUGAGAAAAGGAUAGAAUCAUACUGCCUCGUAGAGCAAGCACAAGGCAUUUCUUACAAAAGAAAGGACCUGCAUCAGAUAAGGGUAUUGAAGGUAAUGGAGGCUAACAUUAUGUUGUCGUGAGCAGCUCUUAAACAUUUUGAAGUUCAGGUUCCUUGAAUAAAAUGCUUGUGUAAGAUAUUGUCAUUUACAAGUGAAUAUUGUCAAUUCAAAUUGAAAAUGGUCUUACCUCCAUCUAGUGGCCAAUCUUUAGAAUGGUUCUAUGUGCUGCGUCAAUUCAUUAUACAGUAGGCUAAGUGCUUUUUGAUGAGGCUGACACGCAGACGUUCCUCAAUGUCUAAUGAGUACUCUUAGGUAAUAAUGUAUCAUUGUGAGAUAUCCGUGUGUGUACUGAUUUAGAGAAGUGUUCCAGCAGCCCUGAUGUAUCAUAGGUUAUUUCCCUGUGUGCGUAGGAUCAGUCAAGACCUGACCAAGGACCUGGCCAUCCUCGCGCGUGAGAUCCACGACGUGGCUGGCGAGAUCGACUCGGUCAGCUCCUCUGGCACGGCUCCCAGCACCACGGUCAGCACCGCCGCCACCACGCCCGGCUCCACCAUCGACACCCGCGAAGAGGUAGGCCGCACGCAGGAGGGAAUGCAGGAGGGCAUUAAGGAGGGAAUUCAAGAGGGCAUGCAGGAGGGUACGCAGGAGGGCUUUCAGGAGGUGUUUGACUUUAUUCCUUCCUUCCUUCCUUCCUUCCGUCCACUACUAACGCUCAACAUACUGCUUCAGCUUCACUUUGGCUUUGACCUGCUGCAGAAGGUGUGGACUGUGAACUGGCAUAAUGCUUUGAGCUUUCCUCAAUCCCAUUUGAGUAUGCUAUAUACUGAUCAGAUAUAACUAAAGGGUGUGUGUAUUUACAUUUUCUUAACAAGGUUUCAUUGACCUAAAUCUGCUAACUUCUUUAAUACCUAAUUCAUCUAACUCAUCACUAUGAUAACCUGGAUAAUCUGUAGCAUGGUGAUAGUACACAUGAAUACAGAGUAGAGAGAGUAUAAAUGUUCCAGUCAUGGUUAAGUUGUGGAAACCACAGCAAUCAUACAGCUGCCACAUAUAACUGACCCCCUCUUCCCCUCAUAGCUGGUUGACCGUGUGUUUGACGAGAGCCUCAACUUCAGGAAGAUCCUUCCCAUGGUGCAGAACAAGGCCUCUGAGAUAAACGGACACCCUGUGGAGCUCCGCCCCCGCGCCCCAGACAGCCUGGACUCUGCCCUCCGCAGACGCACAUGGAACAGAGAUGAGGCGGUGUUGGACAGUCUGCUGCUCACAUCUGUCUCUCAGCUGUCAGCCAAAAUCAGACAGUCUGUUGACAAAACAGCAGGAAAAAUACGGUAACAGUCAAGCUCUUUAAUGUUGUUUAUAUCUGUAUAUCUGACAUUCACAAGAGAUCAAGGAGAUAUUAGCAAAGCAAGUCUUACCUCUAUGAACUAUGAUUUUUCCAGGAUAUUGUUCAAAGACAAGGACAGGAAUUGGGAUGAGAUUGAGAGCAAACUCCGAUCUGAGAGCGACAUACCACUCCUCAAAACCUCCAACAAGGUAAGUAAAAAACAGCUUGUAAAUGUAUUUUUUCAUUAAUUUUAUUUUAUAAAUAAUGCAUCAUAACAAAGCAGCUUUUAUAAGGAAGAAACUUAUAUUCCUCUCUCAUGCAACGGACUUCCCCUUACAUCUCUUGGAAUAGGAGAUCUCCUCUAUCGUCUUGGAGCUGAAGAGAGUGGAGAAGCAGCUACAAGGUGAGAUAGCACGGCAGACCAAGGUGAGAUAGCACGGCAGACCAAGGUGAGAUAGCACGGCAGACCAAGGUGAGAUAGCACGGCAGACCAAGGUGAGACAGCACGGCAGACCAAGGUGAGACAGCACGGCAGACCAAGGUGAGACAGCACAGCAGACCAAGGUGAGACAGCACGGCAGACCAAGGUGAGACAGCACGGCAGACCAAGGUGAGACAGCACAGCAGACCAAGGUGAGACAGCACGGCAGACCAAGGUGAGACAGCACGGCAGACCAAGGUGAGAGGAGUGUGCAUUGCUAAUAGAUUCAGACUUAUAAAAACAUUAGUUUCACAACAUGCAUUCCACCUGCUUCAACAUAUAUGAUCACAACCAAACACAAGCUCAUAUUUUUCAACCAUUCUCCUGUAUUUCUCAUACAGUGAUAAAUGUCAUGGUAGAUCCUGACGGCACCCUGGAAGCCCUGAGCAGCCUUGGCCUGACCAGCCCCCUUACACCCAAGCCCUCUCCUGGUUCUCAGGGGCCCCAGAAGAGCCUCCCAGGCCCUGCAGCCAAGGGCCACACCGCCUCCUCGGCCCCCACUGAGGGGUCAGGAUCUGGGUCAGCCAGAGACCUGGGAAGCCUGCACUUCAACCACAUCCACCCGAGUGGAGAAGAGAGUGCCAUCACUCAGAAA